GCCCCGCCCACAGUCGCGGUUCUGAGGCGGCGGUUGGCGGCUCGCGCGGACGGCCUUCUCCUCCCACCCCAAUCCCCAGUUUAGCCAAUGGGCCGUUGAAUGUCUGUCAGGGGCCGCUUUCGUUUCCCGGCGAGAGGGAGUCCAGUCGGCCGGCGGCUGCGCCCCCCGAGAGCCCCGCCGCCCCGCUUCCCUUCCCCCGGCCUCUGCCGACAGGGAUGAAGCGGCUGAAGGGGAUCUUGAGGCUCAAGAAGAGGCGGGCGGCGGAGCAGCAGCCGUCGGCGGCGGCGGCGUCUAGCGAAGCGGGCGGCGAGGUUGCCGUGUCCGCCUGCGCCUCGUGCCUCGCCAGCGAUGGCGCCUACGUGGUGCGGAAGAAAGAGUUGGGCCAGCUGCACCGGGCAGCGGCCGAAGGGAGCCUGGGCGACGUGCAGCGGCUCGUGCAGAGGCACGACAUCAACGAGCCGGAUAAGGACUCCAGGUGAUGAGGGAGAGCCGCGGAAAAGGCGCCCCCCCCCCCGAAUCUGAGCCGGAGGAGGAUUCUUGGCAUUUUAUUAUCAUUAUCAUUAUUGUUGUUGUUUCGGGAAUAUAGCGCCUCCUCCUCCUCCUCCUACACGAUUUGGCUCUCAGCUUGGUCUGCUGCUGCUUCCUUUGAAGAUACAGUGGUACCUCGGGUUACAUACGCUUCAGGUUACAUAUACUUCAGGUUACAGACUCCGCUAAUCCAGAAAUAGUACCUCGGGUUAAGAACUUUGCUUCAGGAUGAGAACAGAAAUUGUGCUCCUGCGGCAGCGGGAGGCCCCAUUAGCUAAAGUGCUUCAGGUUAACAGUUUCAGGUUAAGAAUGGACCUCCGGAACGAAUUAAGUACUUAACCCGAUGUACCACUGUACAGUCACUCCACUGUAUCUUCACAGUAGCCCUGUGAGGUAGGCCAAGUCGAGAGUGAGUGAGUGAGUGACAGUACCCCAAAGCAAGGAAUUCAGUCCCCUCCUUGGUCGGUGCCUGGCCCUGAACCCACUGCAUUCUCAUCCUGAAUGCCACAGAUUGCUUUUUCAAUGGUUCAAAGAUCCAUAAUAGUAAUAAUAAUAAUUUAUUAUUUGUACCCCGCCCAUCUGGCUGGGUUUCCCCAGACACUCUGGGCAGCAUCCAACAAAAACCAAAAAUACACUAAAAUGUCACACAUUAAAAACUUCCCUGAACAGGGCUGCCUUCGGAUGUCUUCUGAAUGUCAGAUAGUUAUUUAUCUCUUUGACAUCUGAUGGGAGAGCGUUCCACAGAGCGGGUGCCACUACCAAGAAGGCCCUCUGCCUGGUUCCCUGUAGCUUUGCUUCUCACAGUGAGGGAACCGCCAGAAGGCCCUCGGCGCUGGACCUCAGCGUCCGGGCAGAACGAUGGGGGUGGAGAUGCUCCUUCGGGUAUACUGGGCCAAGGCUGUUUAGGGCUUUAAAGGUCAACACCAACACUUUAAAUUGUGCUCAGAAAUGUACUGGAGCCAGCUCCUAGGGGUUGAGGUCCCUUCGCCCCCCCUAAAAUAUUUGAGGGGGCCAGUCCUCGUCUCCCCAAUACUUUAUUCAAGUUGGCACCAAUUGAAGGAAUGCCAGGUGAUAUAAGCAACAGUCACUGUAUCUUCACAGUAGUCCUAUGAGGUAGGCCAAGUCAAGAGAGAGAGUGAGUGAUAGUACCUCCUAAGCAAGGAAUUCAGUUCCCUCCUUGGUUGGUGCCUGGCCCUGAACCCUGUGCAUCCCCAUCCUGGACGCCGGAGCACUUUUUCAGUGGUUCAAAGAUCCGUAGGAGCCAACUCCUAAGGGCUGAGGUCACUUUGCCCCCCCCCAUAAAAUAUUCGAGGGGGCCAGCCCCAAGUUGCUGGGCAUGGCUAUUCAAGUGAUGUGUGUGCACCAUGUCUUGCUGACUGAUUAUGCGGGGUGGGGCUUACCUGUUGUCGUCCAAUAUUUUAUUCAAGUUGACACCCCUGGAAGGAGGGCAGGGUGAUAUACGCAGCAGUCACUCCGCUGUAUCUUCACAGUAGCCCUGUGAGGUAGGCUAAGUUGAGAAGGGGGGCAGUACCCCUAAGCAACGAAUUCGGGCACCACCUUGGUCGGUUCCUGACCCUGAACCCACUGCAUCCUGGACGCCGGAGCACUUUUUCAGUGGUUCACUUGUGUCCAAAGAGCCAUAGGAGCCAACUCCUAGGGGCCAAGGUCCCUUCGAGCCAUCCCAAUAAAAUAUUUGAGAAGGCCGCCCCCCAAGUUGAGGGGCAUUGCCAUUCAAAUGUGUAUGUGUGCUGCAUCAUGUGAUCUGUUAUGCGGGGCACAGCUUUCCUCCCCCCGCCGAAAAUAUUUUAUUUAAGUUGGCACCCCUGCAAAUAUCACAUAACGCCUUUGGAUGCUUAAAAUCUGGAUUUAGGGUGGGUCGGGCAGUUCCCUCGCACAGGGUGCUGAACUGAGGGGGUGCAAAAUUGAGAAGAUUUGUGAUUGGGAAUAUUUAUUAGGGGGCGCCAAAUUUUGGGCUCACACAGGAGGCCAUAUUAUGAAAGAGUACCAAAGUCUGCCCCUAACAUUACAUGAAUAGGAGCAUAGCUAAACUAUGUGUCUUAAAAAGCAGCGGCUAAAGAUGCUUCUGAGUAGGAAAUAAUUGGUCAUUUGGAUGAUGUUUCCCUUACAGGGUAGAAUGCAGGGAUUGUGUAAAGCAGUCUUGGAGUCUUCAGCCCCUUCAGUACAGUGGUACCUCAGGUUACAUACGCUUCAGGUUACAUAUGCUUCAGGUUACACAUUCCGCUAACCCAGAAAUAGUGCUUCAGGUUAAGAACUUUGCUUCAGGAUGAGAACAGAAAUCGUGCUCCGGCGACGCAGCGGCUGCAGGAGGCCCCAUUAGCUAAAGUGGUGCUUCAGGUUAAGAACAGUUUCAGGUUAAGUACAGACCUCCAGAACGAAUUAAGUACUUAACCCCAGGUACCACUGUACAUUCCUUGGGGUUGUUCUUGCCUCACUAUUUUCAGGCACCUGUUAACUUCUUGCAACUUUUUACUCAAUAAAAAAAUAGUGUAAAUAAUGCACUAAUAUUGACCACGAGAAACAGUAGGUGUGGGGAGUCUUUAUUAAGUUGUGACCAUACUUAUCCCAUGAAGUUUAAUAACUGUGUCAAUCAAUAAUCUCUCAGGCUUUACUUUUAGGGUUGUUGUGAGGGGGAAAUGGGCAAAACCAAAAGUAUAAGAUAACAAAUAUUAAGUCAAAUAACACAUAGGAAAAAACUCUUGCUGUUCUGAGUGAUGUAUUGAUUGUACUCAAUGGUAUGCCUUCCAGAACACCUUUGCAUCUUGCCUGUGCCGGUGGAUAUACAGAUAUUGUUGCUUUCUUGGUAGGCAACAAAUGCCAACUAAAUUUCCGUGAUAAUGAAGGGAAAACUCCAUUAAUGAAGGUAUGUAUGAAACAGUAAUACAAUACCACAUUCUAUAAAUGCCAUAUCUAGUUGAAAAUACCAGUUUACUACCACUUUUUUUUGUUAAUGACAACCAUCAAUAAGUUAAUUAUUAUAAAGUUAAAGUUAUUGCUUCAUGUUUCAUUAAAGUCCGACAGCAUUAAAUAUUUGUUUGUAUUAACAUCAUUUGUGGACCUAAUUUCCUUUCUUUAAUUGUUGCAGGCUGUACAAUGCCAGCAGGAAUUUUGUGCAAUUUAUCUGCUUGAGAACGGAGCAGACCCUAAUAUUGUGGAUGCUCACAGUAAUACUGCCCUCCACUUUGCUGCUGCUAAUUCUGGUGUAGCUAUUACAAAACAUCUCCUUAAAUAUAAUGCUGAUAUUGAAGCACAGAAUGAGGUAAAGUAAAAUUAGCUGACUACCAUAAAAUAAUUUUUGCUUCUGAAUGCUCUUUUGAAUGUUAAAAUAGUUUAUUGAAGAAAAAUAAUUUUGCUUAUGUUGUCAACUUGCAUGCAACUUGUCUUUUGUGGCAAGAGAACAUUGUGAUGAGUAACUUUUGUAGAUUACCCACUCGCCCCCAAUCUACAAGUGCAACAUGUACAAUUUACCAAGCAUUCAUGUGAAAGCAUAGCAUGCUGGUUCUGGGUUGAGUACUAUAGUAUUCAAAUGAUUCCCCCUCUGUGGUAACAGGAAGGAGAAGAGAGAGACCUACUCAGAGUAAUUAGGGAGUGGCACUGCCCUGUCCUGCCGUUGGUUACUGAAGUGGGAAGAGAGUAAUUCAAAGAAGCCUGAAGCCAUCCUAUGUGCUUUUAGCACCUUGUAUAGUACUAGUUUGGGUGCACAAAGCCCUAGAGGCCUUUCUUAAGGCAGUAUUCUUCAAUGAGACCUGUGAGUAUAGGGUGGUAUAUAAAUUUUAAUUAUAAUAUAAUAUAAUAUAAUAUAAUAUAAUAUAAUAUAAUAUAAUAAUAUAGCUGGGAACCUUAUGUUAUGUUAUGUUAUGUUAUGUUAUGUUAUGUUAUGUUAUAUUAUAUGGUUCCCAGCUGUGUUGGACUUCAAUUUCGGUCGUCUCUAGACAGCUUAGCAAGCUGUUGGGGAUGGUGGGAGUUGUAGUUCAACAAUAUCUGAGAACUCUGGAUUGAAGAACACUGUCUAAAGGAGCUCCCCUCACCUUCAGACUUGUUCUCCCACCUUACUUUGUGCAAGCUCUGUUGGAGGCAGACAACUUUGGUCCACACACAAAUUCCUCAAGUUCUAUGGAAAACAGUAAAUACGUGUGUAUUGCAAAUUUUGUCUGCUAAUUCAGUUUUAUGCUUACAGGAUGGGAAUACUCCUCUAAUUGUUGCUGUCACAGAAAACAAUCGAGAAACUGUAGAGUUUCUUUUGGAAGAAGGAGCUUCUGUAAAUGCCACAGAUAACUCAGGAAGGUACAGUCUGAUUCAUUUAUCUGAUCUAAAGACUUAAGGACUAUUUCUAAAGAAAACUGUUGUAGUUUCUGUCCUAGGAACUGUAAUAUAUGAAGAGGCUAUGGGUUGUAUGCAAGAAAGUAAUUGCACUUGCAGAACUACUUCUACUCUUGCAACAAAAGUUCUCCCACCAUGUGCCCAGUAGACCCCCCCUGCAAUCUGCUUUGUAGGUUCCUCCAACCUUUUGGAGCGGGUUUGAGGUAGGGUCUGUUCUUAAUAAUCACCAGCUCUUCAUGUUUUUAUUCUUGCAGUAGAAUUUCACAACCUUUAACUAGUAUGCUAAUGUGGACAAAGGCUGCUGCAGUGAAUAGACUUUGAGUCUCAUUCUGAAAUGUUGCUUUGCUGGUGUAACAAUAUAGUAGCCUAAUCUUGACCAAAAAAAGAGAGUAUCUGUAUAGACCUUCCUUCCUGUGCUGCCCACCCUUUCAUGUUCCUGCUUUCUUCUUGACUCUCAUUUCCAUGCUUCCUACUCCGUCCUUUUUGGCAACCUGGUUUACACCUCCAUUUAUACCUUCACCCCAGUCUUGUAAUGUGCUCUUUGUGGGGCUUCCCUUGUGCCUGAUUCGGAAGCUGCAUUUAGUGCAGAAUGGUGCAGCACAGUUGCUGACAGGAGUGAGACCUUGUCAGUAUAUAACACCUGUGCUCAGAUUCACACUGGUUGCUGAUUUGUUCAAGCCAUUACUAUUAGUAUAUAAAGCCCUUAAGAACUUGGGACCAAUUCACCUGCAAGAUCGCCUUACCUCAUGUAUGCCCACUUGACCAGUUUGAUUGGUGGAAUCAGCACUAAUACAGGUGCCACAUAAUACACGUUCCACAUUUGUAAGAAAUCAGUCUUUUGGUGUGGCAGCACCUGCACGUUGGAACUCCCUGCCUAUUAGUAUCAGGCAGGAGCCUUCAGAGUGCCCACCCCGAAACACCAGAUUCUGUGAGUAUGCCCUGACUACUAGUGGCAGGGAUUCCACUAGUGGUAGCUUACACCUGUGCUGGAUUUAGAUAGGCACAGUUGAGAGUUCUGCAACACUGGUCCCACUCACUACUGGCAGAGUUUAACAAAGAUGGGUGGAGGGAUGCCUUGCCUUAUCUACAUUAUUUCCAGUGUAGCAGAACUUGGUUUGUAUUGUUCUGUUAACCAGCAGUGGGUAGAAGAUCUAAGUUAAAUUCAUCAAUAAAAUUCAGCCGUUCUUGCCCUUUCUGUUUCAGAACUCCACUGUUGACUGCUGCUUCUGAAAAAAACCGUGAUUUAACAAACAUUCUUCUUCGACAUGGCUCAGAUGUUUUUCAUAGAGAUGGAAGUGGAUGGUCAACAAAGGAUUACGCUCUGAAUAGCGGAGAUCCCAUGUAAGCUUUUAUUUCUAACAUUUAAGAUUAUUCAUUGACCAUAAAAUAAAUAGGUUGAAUUUUUUCAGUCAUUGCUGGAAUGAAAAUAUCUAUUUAUUUAGCUACGUGUGUGUGUGUGUGUGUGUGCGCACACACACACACACACACAAAUAAAUAAAUGGAUCAACUGUUAUGUGAGAGUGGAUCGUUAGAAAGUCAAAGACCCUUUCAAAAGUUAGAGUUUUACUCCUUGAGUUGAUGUAAAACUGUUCUUCUGGUUUGAGGUAUGUUCUUAUUCUCUUCAUGAAGAAUCAAUUGUUUGUAUUGUCAUGAUUUGUAAAAAUUAUCUCACUUCUACCCCUUAGUCUUCUACAAUAUGUAUCUGAAUUUUCUAACUACAAAAAUAAAGAACAGAGCUCUGGAGAUCAAAAAGUCUUAACUUUAUUGAGCAGCCCAGAAAAACCUGGAUAUUCUGGCAUGUUGGGCGCACCAGCUACAAACAAAGAAGGUACGAUUUUAUAUACUAAAAAAUUUAUAUACUAAAACAAAAGAAUCUCUCCUUGUUCCGACAUGGAAUUUAUUCAACUGAAGUGAUCAGGCAAACUGAAGCUACCCUUUCUAUGUUUCAAGUACCCAACUGGCAACUAAUAAUAAUCACAAAAUGAUGAGAGUUGGAAGGGAAUUUGAAGGUCAGUUAGUUUAAACCCUUGUUCAUUGGAGAGUAGCCACAUUCCUCACGGCUUCUGUGUGCCUUCUCCUAGGGUUUGUUCGAGUUUUCAUCCUGAAACAAGCCUGUACAGUAUGUUAAUAUAGUGCAGAAUGAGUGUGUGUGCGUCUGAGGAUUUCUUAAAGUUUAUGGCACCUGAAGAAUUCAGGCUUUAGGCUACUGAGUUACACUGUAGCUAUAUGCAAACUUAGUUAAAUGUAUGCCAUAUUUGAGGGGCUAGAAUAGAACAGCUUCUAUAAUAUUGCAGUUAUUUUGUGUUGUUGGCUGCUUAGUAAAAAAUAUCGCAUUUAAGCAUUUAAGUUUAUACACACACUUUAUAGAAGUAAUUAAUAAGUAUUUGUCCUCUUAAACCCUCAUUGUAAUCCUGAACUUAAUCAUAAUAUCUCCCCCAAUGGGGAAAGGGGGUUGGGACUUGGGAAGGGGGGGUCAUUUUGGAGAGAAGCAAAUUCCAUGACAAGGUACAAGAAUCAAAACAGCAGUACACUAGGAUUACUUUUUUGUUCUUCGUGGGGUGUCUGCUUAUUAAAAUAAAAAGAAGUUCAGUAUCUUGCAAGGAAGGUUCACUCUUUGAUCCGCAGACUUAGUGUGUGUGUAUAUUUACAGAGCUAGGCCCUGAUACGAAAAAUGAUUGCCACAAUGCUGCUUUGAAACAUUAUAUACCUACCUUCAUGUGAGACAUCAUGCUGCAGCUAGUGCAACACAUCCUGCCUAUUCACUUAUUUAAUGGGUUAAAAGGAAAGAUGAGUUACAAGGUCACUUCUAGCUCUGUCAUUCUGUGUGGAGGGUAUUGCUUGCAAGUUCAGUAGCUUUGGUUGCAUGAUGGAUUCAGUUGCAUUUUCUGGUGUACAGAGAAGUCUGAGGCUUAAGUCUACCCCCCUGCCACUGAAAGCUUUAAGGUAGUGGUGAAACUUCAACUAACCAAAACAUAUGAUACCAUGCCAUAUUCAUAUUGCCUAAAUAAAACAUUGCUAAGGAUGUGGCCCAUAGCAGUUGUAACUUCCCAUCAUUUUGGAGCUUAAGUGACCAUGGAAAUCCCUAAACAUAGCAUGUUAAACUGAAAGGGGUGAUCUUUUUUGGGGGGGGACAUCAAAACUUUGCUUCAGCCAGCAUUUCAUCUCAUAUCUUUGUGCUGUCACUUCUGCAGUAGAAACCUAAGAGUCUUGGUUAUUGACUUCUAGUAAUAUUGUAAAUUGCUUCAGGAUCCCUCAUGGGAAGUGAUUCAUAUAUUAAAUAAUGAUGAUGAUAGUAAUAAUAACGUCUCUGAAUGCACUGUGGAAUGAGAGAUGGCAGCUUAAUUUCUGGCUGCAUAUCGAGCUUGCCAGCAGCAUUCAAUUUGAACAACAGCCCUGGGUUCUCAAUAGUGGUAUCAAAACAGCCAAAUGAACAGUGCUCAUAGAAAGUAGCUAUAAGCUGGUGGAAUCUAGGUUGGAUACGUAUUUUUUUAACCAUAAUUAUCAUAGUAUAAACCAGGGGUAGGGAAUCUUUUUGGGUCCAAGGGUUGCGUUUUCUAAUGUCUAAGCUCCCAGGGGCUGCAUAUCAGCCAUGGUCAGGACUAACAUAAAAAAGUGGAUGAGUCCCCUGGCACACUCUUAUACAUAUGCAAAUUGCUGCAUAUUCACAAGUAACAUGUUCAUAACACUCAUUCAAUCAUGCCCACAGCCCUUAUACACAGAGAGAGAGAUGCACAUACACAUUUAGACUUACUGUCAACACCCUCUUUACAGUUAGUUAAUCUUUCCCUCUUCAUCUGUAAUCUCAACAAGGAUCCUCACACCCUUGCACAGUAAUUGGGCUUAAAAAUGCUGUUUCGUUGGAGGCAUUGAAAUACUUCCCCGCCCCCAUCAAGCCUAAUUAAAUGCUGCAUGGGAUGAAUAUUUGAUGGCAUUGCAGAACAUGUGGAGGGUUACGUUUUUCCUUCUCGGCUCUCCUUUUGCUGCACAUCUUCCCCUCCUUCCUCAGCAGUUGGGUUUAUUUUUUUAAAAAACCUUCUGUUGCUCCUAAUGGAACGAGCUCAAUUGUUGUGCAGGGGGCUGUUGGGGGACAGACGUUUGUUUCUGCAUCCUACUGUCCAGGGAUCCUUUACAUUUACCUUUUUUACAUAUAUGUGUGUGUGUGUGUGUGUAUGCCUCAUGUGCCCCUUAAUCCUGUUUUAACUGUUUAGUUUGGUGUUUUCCAACUGUUAAAAUUACAUUUUCAUUUCUUAGGAAACACUGAUACAAUGUAAGUCUUUCCUUCAACAUUGUCACUUUUUUUUAAGGAAUGAUCAGGAAGCUUCCUGCCUGUAUAUAUAACAAAAGUGAAUACUAAAGUGUCUCUUCUUAAUUGAUGUUUAUAAAUUGCUCUAGAGUAAGUUUGUAGCAUGAGAGAAUUUAUUUCGGUUGUUGUAACAUACCGAAAUGCUGGAAGGGUCAGGAGGAUUAGCUAGGCCCACCCGCUUUGUAUCCUGAGAAGCUGCAAUCCUAUACAGUGCUCAUUUAACUGGAAGUGAGCCACAUUUAUCUCAGCUGGACUUAUCUUAGAAGUGCCUCCUGAGAAAUAAGACAAGAAUGUUAGCAUAUUCUUCUCAAUACAUUAAUCUAUGUAAUCUACCAAAAUAUGUAAGGAGAAAAAAAGUGCUUUCACACUUGUUAAGACCAGCUCCAGAUUCGCAGGCAAAUAAUGCUAAAUGGAAUGGAAAACUUUCAUGCCCUGUAUUGGUAGCCAGUCUACUUAGGGGGGGGAGGAUCAUAUCUAUUAAUGUGGUGAUCAGGUGCUGUAUUCCCAAGCAGAGAACUAAAUGUAUCAGUUACACCUUUCCAAACUACAUUUUUUAUCUCUAGUUGUGUCUUUGAUCUUUUAUGAGAAGUGGGGAAAUCCAAAUAUCUGAGUGUGGGAGAGAGUUGGAUGAUUUGCCUUUCUUGAACUUGAAUUGGUGGUUUGUUUUUCAUUGCAGCAUACUCAUUACAUUGAAUAACUUGUUAGUUUAUAUGUGUAUUUUUGUUUCUAUAUUUGUAAUUGUUUUAUGAAUUCACUGUUUUUAUCUAUUCCUUCCAUGCCUUGGCCUAAAUAGAUAGACAAGUGCACCUGACACUCAGUCAAACAGCAGGAGAUUCAGGGAAAGGUAUAACAGUCUCCAAGGGUCAAAUAUGUAAUGAUUCAUUUAGAUUUAGAUUUUUAAUUCAGAUUCCCUGCUUUGGUUUGUGCUUACUGCUUUUAGAAAAUCCGUAGUAUAUAGUUCAAUUGUAGCAAGCUGAUGUGGAAAUAAUGGCCAAACUAGAUGAUGGGUUUGUGUGUGUCAGGAUUGAGAAAUAUGACAACCAAGGAUGGAUGCUUAAAUCCUCUCCCCCUCCCAUAGUUGUCGUCCCCCCCCCCAUUCUUUUCCUCCUGAGGAAGAAGUUGCUAUAAGCAUCAGUUUUAUCUUUCAUGGACUUGGGUCUGAUCAACAUCCCGAUAUCUGCAAUUUGUUUUAAAAUGCAGAAAUGUGAAAUGCAAUUUCUCAUUUUACCUAUCAUCUAAUUUAGCCCUUGGUAUCUUGUUCUCUUCAAGAGUGAAUGAUUUAGAAGCUAUUGUUGCUGUUCUGUACUACUUGGAUCCACUGUACGCUAGAGCUCCCAUUGUACACAUGAUGGGAUUGUCUAAGCUUCACAGAGAAUGUUCCUCAGGCAGUGAGGAACUUCUCAUCCAUAGGGUAAUGGCCUUGCUUAACUAGCGCUCACAGUGUUACAUGUCAGCAGAGGUAAUUUGGAUGAGUGAAUUGUAUCUUUGGUCUCUGAAAGUUGUUUCUCCGUGCACUAUCCAGUGUUAGGAUGUGGGCUGUUUCUUCUGUGUAGCUUCUCAUUCCUUUUCAGCCUGUUAUAGGAAGUGACAUUCUUCAAUCUCCUUGAUUUAUCUAUUGAGAGAGGGGAGAGAAUUUCCAGAGUUCUCAUGCAUGAUGAACAGGCUCAGAAGCUUUCUUUGCAGAGAGCUGGAAAUUUAGGAAAAGUACUUUGCAUUUCCUACCCACCCCCUGCCCCUGAAACAAGUAAUUUUGGAAGACAAUAGGGCUGACAAUGGUAGAACUUUCAUAAACAAGAACUUUUUGAGCUUUGGAUAACUCUUGCGGAAAGCUCUGAUUUCUUUUCCCUCAGAAUUUCCCCAAAAGGCUCAGAAAGACCCAGCCAUUUGGAAUUGAGAUAGUGUGAGUGCUCAAAAUUACUCCCAACAUGGAAGGUGGCUUGUGUGCUUGUUUUAUUGAUUGAUUUUUAAAAGAAAAUUCUGACCUGCCUUUCAACAAGGCCCCAAAUACACAUCGAGGCAUCUGUGAAUGUGAAACUUUCUUGUACUUUGGCUUUAAAGACAACUUCACAAUUAAAAUAAAGAUAUGCCUAUGGAGCCAUUUUUUUUACAUUGAUGCAAUCAAAAAGCCAUGACUUGAAAAGGAGUUGUGUUUACAUAGGUCCUUCUAUUUAUGCACACUUGUAGCCAUGUAUAUCGUUGAUUGUGGAUUUGUAUGCUAAAUGGUCAUGCAUUUCCACCAUUCCCAAUACCAUAGGGAGUGAUAAGCUUUACAAUGGGGGAAUCUUAGAUGCAUGCUUGCUGUUUUUUAUUUAGCUAGUGAACAUGUACAGAAGUGCACAAGGCAGUUAUUUUCAGAUUUUUAAAGAUAAUUUAUCUUUGUACCUUGAUAUCUUUAGAGAUUUGUACAGUUUAAAACAUUUUAACUGAAAUUGUUCCUUAAAGUUUAUUCAUUGUCUUGAUUUUUAUGUUUUUAUUGUGCAUGCUUUUUAAACAGUUAUUGAUGACCAUUCCUUUGGAGAUUCAUUCAGGUAAGAUUUUACAUUUGCUUUUGAUAAAAUUAGUUCUACAAAACUGGAUUUUUAUUCUGAUUUUUAAAUGUUCAUUUCAGAGAUUCUGGAAAAGCAGAUAAUGACAGCUGGAUUUCUUCAGAAGAAGAAGAUUUUAGUCCUAAGGUAUGUUAUAACUUGCAGAAGUCAGUUGAACCAUCCUGAUAGACUUGGGUCCACCAUCUGCUAUUGGUACUACACCAUACCUCAACCAGGGUGAUCAGUGUUUUUUGUUCGCCUGUGAGUUUUCCCCUGUUUGCAAACUCUAACUCCAGCGAUGUACAUAUUUUAAGUACACUUAAUUAAUAUAUUGAUUAUUAAACCCCAGAUUGAUUGUUCUUAUUGUUUAUGUAGAGAAUUAUGCAGAAAUUAGGGUUUAAAUAGGCUGGCUUUUUGCCAUAAUAAACACAUUGGUUGAUUGAUUGAUCCAUUGAUUGAUUGAUAACUCCAGUGAUGGGUCAUUAUGUAAAAGUCUUGGAGCUUUCUUCACCCACUGCUGAGAAAGAAACAACAUAAUGUGGCCUUGUUAAAAAUAGAAUAUGUGAAGUGUUGCUUCAGCUAAAUCUUAACAUGCUUAAAUUUUGUUUCCAGAAACCAGAGAAACCAAGUUUGGCUCAGAUAAUGAAUCUUUCCCAGCAAAUCAAGAAAAAUGGUAAGUUGCCUGUAAAACAGGUUUCUUAUAACUUGCUUGAGCAAUUUUUAAAAAUAAUUAUUUCUCCUGUGUUUAAUUUUGUGUGUGUGUUUGUAUUUUGAUGUAGUAGAUGAGAAAAGUAGCAUUAUCAGAGCAGAACCUAUAGCCAUUUCACAACAGAAUAAAUCAGAUUCUGAAGCUGAAGAUCUGAGAAAGUCCCUUCCUAAGCCUUUGUUCCAAGUUCAGCCCUUUCCUCAUCCUGUUCUGUCCUCACCCGGCUCCUUUUCAAAGUGUUCCCAGAUGACUCCCAAACUGGACCCUAAGCAGGUAAAAAAAUUAAUUUACAAGUUUCAAUCUAUCAUAUGUUUAUCAUCUGUAUUUUUAUACCCACUUAUGUUUGUAUAAAGACAAUGAAAAUAAUCAGUCAUCAAAAGAAAAUAUAAAAGCAGUAUCCAUUAAUUCCCCAAAGCAAGAAUUGAAUGAGCCAAAUGAUUCUUCAAUCAUUGAAGAGGAAGAAUGUGAGGAGGAGGAGGAGGAGGAGGAGGAGGAAGAGGAGGAGGAGGAUGACGAAGAAGAAGAAGAAGAAGAGGAGGAGGAGGAGGAGGAAGAGGAAGAGGAAGAAGACAUGGAAGAGGAGGAAGAAGAGGAAGGAGAGGAGGAGGAUGAAGAGGGGAUAAAGGCAGAAAUGGAAGAUAACUUCAGUGAAGAAAAGGAGAAUAAUUUUAGUGAAGAAAACCUAGAAGAAAGUUUGGGCAAGAUAGAAAAUGUGAAAGGGGAAUAUUUUCAAAAACCAGAAGGAAGAAAAUCUAUUGCAUCCAGUGAGCUUAAGCAGGAGGAAAAUGCUUCUAAUAGUAAUAGUGAAAUAGAUUUACAAAGCGAAGGACUGAAAGAAUCUGUUGGCGUCCCUGGGUCUUUUAUUGAUGGGCAACAUGAGCGUUCAGAUGAAAAUAGAGCUAUUAGCAGUAUAAAUAAUGAACUGUCCAAUUGUUCAUUUGAAAAAGAAAAAAGUUCUAAAUAUGAAGACCAAUUCCAAGAAAAUGAGAAAAACACCGAUAUUUCACAUGAGAGCCCCAAAAAAGUUUUCCCCUCAUCUGAGAUUUUUGAAGCAACCAAAGAUUGUACAAAAGAUGCAUGUUCAUCUCCCUCAAACAGUUGCCAUGAUAACGGGGUAGAUUCAAACAUGGGUGAUGACAUUGAAAACGUUGAUGAUCCUGAGUCUGAGACAGAACUUGAAAAACACAAAUCUAGAAAACAGAAUUCCAAGGAUGCUGAUCUUUUGGAUAAUCAAGAUAUUGGAGAAGAACAGUACAUGGAUUCAGAAGAACUGGAAGAAGCAGUAUGUGAACCACUAGUUCAGAAAAGUGAGAAUAUUGAGGAAGAAAAUCUAAAAGCUUUUCAACCUAGUGCCAAAGUAAGUAAAUAUAAAAUGAUGGAAAAAAUCAUGUAGUAAAGCAAAAAAUGAAAGGUAAAGAUGAACUUCAGCGAAGGAAUCUGCAUUGUGAAUUAAAGGUAAAAUCUAUAGUUUCAUAUUAGCCACCCUGUCAUUUUUUGUAUAACUGCCAUUGGAUUACUGCAGGGAUAGUCAGCAUGGCUAACAGCUAGGGGUGAAGGGAGCUGUAGUCCUAAACAGAUUUAAGAUGGCUCAUUGGCUACCUCUGAACUAGUAUAAUGCAUUUUAUAAAUGACUGCCCUUAAAAAUUACUUGGGAACUGCAGUUGGUUCAGAACAUAGUAGUGUAAUGGUUAGUGCUAGCUUUAUUGUAUUUCAUCAAUGCUACAAAAUCUGCAUAGGCUACCUUUGCAUAGGCUACCUGCAUAGGGACUAGGAUACAAGAAGGACAGCUAUGAGCAUGCACAGUCUUUAAGAACUUCUUCAUAAAUCCGUCUUAGGGUGCCUACUCUUUUCUAGUUGGUAAUUACUGUUUUUUAAUUGUGAACUGCUUUCAUAAGUCCAUAGAGGAAAAGCACAUAGAAUUACAACGAUAACGGAUCAGUAAUGAUUUAUGGUUAAUAAAACAAUGGAACUGUAGUUAAAAAUAAGUAAACAAUGACAACAGUGGGGAAUCUCUAGCCUACAGGCCUAUAAUUAAGCCCAGCAGGUUUCCCCAAACCAUGCCAACCUGCCACACACCUCAUAUUAUAUCUGAUGUCAGGUGCGGGCAGGUAAAGGUGUGGCUGCAAAUGAACAUUCAAGAGUUCUUAAUUGUUCCUUGGCAAGUAGGGCUCACUGACAACACCAAUCAGCUGACUGGUUUCUGAGAGAACCCUCUUCAGAGUUCUUAGUGAUUGACAGAUUGAUGGACAUUUCUCCCCCUAUAAUACAUUGGCAGCAGUCUGAAGCAAGAUGUUUCAGAUAAAAAGCCAUUCUUAGUGUCUCCCACAAGAGGACCCUAGAGUGGUAUUUUUAACUUUACAACACAAUCCUAUAUGUACAUACUCAGAAGUAAGUAUUUUGUUCAGUGGAGCUUACUCCCAGGUAAGUAGUACAGGACUUCUCCCUUAAAUCUUACAAAAUUUAUUUGUAUGUAGAUUAAACAAUAAGUGGGAAAUUUAAUUUUAAAAUUAGUACAUUCUUUGCAUUAGGGAGAAUCUUCAGAGGAAGAUGCUGAGAAAGAUGACGACGAAGAGAAAGAUGGGGGGAAAUCAGAUGUUGUCGAUAAAAAAAGGAUACAUAUCGGUAGCCCUCAGAAUCCCCUACAAGAUGGUGCUGUUAAAAAGGGUACAAAACUCAAAUUUUCUUUAUCCAUAUCACAGAUUAUAAUGUUAAUAUCAUUUUGGAAUUUCGUUUCGGUCACUCGCAUAGUUAAAAUCUGAAAUACAGUGACUUGUUGCAAGCAUUGGUCUCAGUCUGCCCUCAGACAGCCUUUACCUGUGUACCUGCCUACCUCUAACCCCAUGGUUCCCAAUGUGGGGCACACGCACCACAGGGGGGCAAUUUGAUUUUUAAGGGGGGCAAUUUGGAAGCUUGUUUAGACCAAGUUAAUGGCCUUUUAGGCUUCCUCCACGUGAAUAGGAGUUCACUUUUUGAAUAAUAAGAAUUCUAUGUCACCGGGGGGGGGGUGUGCAUCAGGAUUUUAGAGAUGCUUAGGUGGGGCAUGGCCAAAAAAAGGUUGGGAAACACUGCUCUAACCUGUCCAGGGGAUGGCAUUGGCUGUCAGCUUCUGCCACCUUGUGUUGCUGUUGUAGAACUCAGCAGGAAGGAGAAUGGGAACACAAUAAGAAUUAGUUGACUGCUUUCAAUUCAGUUUAGUUCCACCGACUGUUGGUUGACCUGUCCAUUGCCCAACCAGCCACUACUGGUUGCAAGUAUCAGCAAGUCAGCAGAAAAGCGUAUUUAUUUGUGUGCUAAUGCUACUAUAACAGCAUAAUCCUAUGCAUGUUCUCCUCUAAGACAGUGUACUCCCACUCAAGAGAGCCAGUGUGGUGUAGUGGUUAAGAGCGGUAGUCUCGUAAUCUGGGGAACCGGGUUCGCGUCUCCGCUCCUCCACAUGCAGCUGCUGGGUGACCUUGGGCCAGUCACACUUCUUUGAAGUCUCUCAGCCCCACUCACCUCACAGAGUGUUUGUUGUGGGGAGGAAGGGAAAGGCGAAUGUUAGCCGCUUUGAGACUCCUUAAAGGGAGUGAAAGGCGGGAUAUCAAAUCCAAACUCUUCUUCUUCUUCUUCUUCAACCAUCUUGGUCAGCUCAAAGUGUUCCAGCAUCAAAAUAAGGAUUCAUAGACAUGGUGACACUCUCCAAAUGUCUUUGGCAUAUGUAUUUUAUCCUAAAAUGCUCUGACCACCCCCCUUGUCUGUCGUAUGGCUAUGCACUCUCAAUGUUCACCCACUUAGAUCAUAAACAUUUUCCUACUCAUCCCUGAUUUGUUCUGAACCAGGUGCUGCUUAUUUCCUGUCUUUCCUGCUUCAAUCCAUUUAAAAUUUGCUCUGCCUUCUUUUUAAUUUUAUGUCUUAACUGUCUGGUUCCAUCCUGGUUCAAAUGGAGUCUUUCCUUUUGGGCAGACCCAGUUUGUCCCAAAAUUUUCUCUGGUGCUAAACAAAUCCAAAACCCUUUCUUCCAACACCGCUGUCUCAUCUGCAUGGUUGACCAGUUACAGCCCAUUUUGGAGAAAUAUAACUUGCCAUGGUACUCCAAUCUCUGGUGACUUCCAGAUUGCAUUAUCCCAAUGUAUUCUAUGUGGGGCUGCCCUUGAAUCUACUCAGAAGCUUCAAAAUGCAGCAGUCAGAUUACUGGCUGGGGUUCCCCUUAGAACUCAUAUAACCCCAGUUUUAGAAAAUAAUAUUUAUUGAUAAUUUCAGGAUUACAAGAAAAAUAAAAAACAACAACACUGCAAUACAAAAAAAGAGAAAAAAAGAGAAAAACACAAAAUAUACGACAAUACAGUAAAAGAAAAAAAACAAGAAAAAAACAACAACACAAAUCCCAAAUUGCAUAUCCAUAAUUUCCAUUUGCUUGUUUCAUUGACCUCCUCACACCUCCCUUUUUGUAUUCUAGUUUAAUAAUUAUUUCAGCAAAUUCUUUCCAUCUUUCUCAAUUUUUGUUAUACAAUUUAUCUUAACAAUUUAACCUAAUAAUUAACUCAACAAAUCCUUUCCAUCUUUCCCCAUAUUCUGUUAUUCAAAUUAUCUUAAUUUAUUUAACCUUAUCUUACCCCUAAGUACCUUAAGACUUAAAUCUUAGUUUUCAAAUAUACAUAGCUCCUGAUAACAUUUCUGCUAGAGUCGUAUAAUUUCAUUCCCACAUUUUCCCUAAUACUCAUUAAGCUGAUUCUAAAAUAAAAAAAUUUCCAUUAUAAAUUCUCUUUCAAUCAUCAUCCAGCGUCUCUUCUUCCUGGUCUCGGGUCGUGUCAGUCCUUACUGUCCAUUCCAUCUAGUCCAUCAACCUGGAAGCCUUAUGUCCGAGGCCCUUAAGUCUCUUCCAUGUCCCUUCUGCAAUUCUUCUUCAUCUUGUUUGUGCUUGCCCUUUUCCUUGUCUUUUGUUGGUCUCUGUCUUAGUUUCUUUCCUUUCUCAUUGAGGAGUAGGUCUCUGGGGAAUUCCAACCCAAAAUUGUCUCCAUCACCCUUCAUCCAGCUCGCCCAUUCCCCACAGUCCCACUCCCCACAGUCCUCGAUAUAAUCCAAAAUGUAUUUGAAAUCAAAUUUCAAGAUCUCUCCAAAGCUAGGAAUCUCCUCAUCUCCAGACUCCCCUUGGCCCACUCCAACUUCAAUCUUCAAUAACAGCGGCUUAUGCUCCUGUAGGGCCUCGGGUCUCUCCAUUUGUACUAUUUGAGGUGCAGCCGCAUCCUCCUCCAUUGUCAUCUGCACUUGCCCAGUCAGUACAGAUUCAUAGAUUGGUUCCUGAAUGAUUUCUGUAUCAAUGUUCCCUGUUUGUCCACAGUUAUUAACCACAACAGUCAAAUCCAUUUUCUCAUUCAUCAAGUCCAUCUUCUCAUGCAUCUGUUCCAGCAAAGCAUUUGUCUUGCAUAGAGCAAGCACCCAGUCUUCCUCCCAGCUCAUCUUUGUUCAAGGUCAGAAAAGACUGUUCCCACGGUCUUAAUCUCACAGAUGUUGGGUCUCAAAUAUCCUACAGCAACAAUCUAGCAAGCUCCCUCUAAGGAGACAAAUUAUUUGUAUCCAUAUUUUUUUUUUAAGACAAAGGAAAGUUACUUUCAUUUUUUCAGAUAUUUCAGAUGUUUUUCAGAUAUUUUGUUUCUUUAAACUGCAAAAGGCAACAUUAGAAUCCACUUGUUUCUCUUCAUUAGCUAUCUGUCAAAGUGUUACGUUCACAGUCAAUGAACCUCUCCAACCGUUUCUGUCUCUGACACCCCGUUCCCAGGUUAGAGACGGUGGAAACUUAUCCUUCUUCACUCCCUCUCCUGCUAAGGUUAAACAGAGUCCCCCCCUUUUCUCCUGCUUCCAAGGGGGGUUUCAGUAAUUCUGAAUGAAGGAAAUUUAGUCUUUUUUGACAGCUUCCCGGCUUUAGCUUGCAAAAUUUUUGCUUUAGUCUAUAUACAAAAAAGCGGAAGGCGGACUUCCUGUUUGCACCUUCCUGCUUCGAUACCAAAUUAAACAAUUUCUUAAUCCAAUUUUCCGUUUCUACUCACGGGUACUUGUUUUAAGUCCAAUUGUCCACAGGAAAAAGUCAGCGCUCUCUGGCAAUGGCUGUGCGGCUUCACUCCGUGAAAGUAGCAGUCAGUUCGUAGCACCGCGCUUCUCACCCCACUUCGCUCCGGAGCCCCUAGAUGGGAUUCCCCGCGAGUAGGGGGGCGCUUCUGGUGCCCUGCUGAACCCCACGUUCCCAGGCUUCCUCCGCCUGGGAUUUCUAGCGGGUCCCCACCUUCGCCGCGGCGGGAAGACCCAGUUUCCACGGAGCCCGUUCCUCCGGUCGGAGGAACUCCGCCAUUCACCAAUGGCGCUGACCCGGAAGUCCCAUAUAACCCCAGUUUUAAAGGAGCAGUAUUGGUUGCCAGUUUGUUUCCAGACCCAAUUAAAGGUGCUCACAUUAGUUUUUAAGGUUGUUUAGGCCGCAAAUAUCAGAAAGAGUGUCACAGUGCAGUUAAACGGAUACUGUGAUGAAAUGAAUACUAGUACUUUCUCUAGCCAAGCAAAUGCUCAACUCAGCUUUGCUUCUUUGUCACUUGCUGUGAUGAUUUGUCAGCUGGGGCUGCCCUCUUGCUUGUGGCGGAAAAGUUCUUUUAUAGAGAAAAAUCAGUUGAUAUUUUAUUUUGUAGCUGCAUUGACAUUUGGAAUGUAUGAGGAAGAGGAAGAGGAAGAAUCUUCAUGGACUUCAAAGGUAGGCUACUUUGCACUACUGACGAGGCUUUCAAAGAAACAUUGCUUUUUUGAGCCUCUUCUUGAUUUCCUUAUAUAUUAUCCCAUAUGGGGAUUGAACUUGCAAUCUUGACAUUAUCAGCACCACACUCUAACCAACUCAGUAUGUUCUAUACUUUACAUACUAACCAAAUCAUAGUGCAUAUAUGUGAGGGAACAGAUCAUAAGUAAGCUUUGGAAGGGUAACAUUGAAUAGGAGAAUAUGCUUUUGUUAAAAAAAAUAAUUAAAGUUUUUUUGGUUUACAAAGGUAUGCACAAUGUGUCUUUUUUCAAGUUACAUUUUACAUAGGUCAGUUUCAUUUGUUGAGACCAUGGUAGAUGAGUUGCAACCAAUGUAUAAUGGAGAAGCUGCAAUACUGAGGUCACCAGUAAUGGUCCUAGGAAAUGUUUGGCUGCAAGCAUUUGACCCUGCUUGAGUGAAUUUUAUUGUGUGAGAACAAUGGGAGAUAUGUUAAUUUCUAUAUGUAGUAUCCGGCAUUCAGUCACGAAUCUGCUUUACACCAUUAAAACAUUGGUCCAGCAAACUUCCCACAGUGGAAGAGGGUUUCCUACACUGAUCGUCUCACAUGAAUCUAAUUACUUCAGUUAAUCAUCAUAGCUAACGGUCCAAUUCAGAUGUUUCGUCUUUCUUUUUUGGAUUAUCUUUGUUGCAGCCAAAGUCUGAUAAAGCUAACUUCAAACAUGAUGCUGAUCCUCAGAAGGCAGAAAGCAAAGAAAAGCAAAAAUCAGGUAAUGCAUUCUAUGAUAAAUUAUUUGGAGGAAAAUACACAUUUUGUUUAAUUCAGUCAUACCUCGGGUUACAAACGCUUCAGGUUGCACAUUUUCGGGUUGCGCACCACAUUGAACUUGGAAGUACCAGAACAGGUUACGGCGCAUGCGCAGAAGUGCUGAAUUGUGACCUGCGCGUGCGCAGACACAGCGCUGCAGGUUGCAAACGUGCCUCCUGUAUAGAUGACGAUCGCAACCCGGGCGUCCACUGUAUCAUUUUCAGCUGACAUGCUUUUUAUUUUUUCUUCUUUCAGAUUUAAUGGAAGAACUUGGACUAGAUGCUGCAGAUGAUCUUGAAGGUUCUUAGUUAUUUUUAUUUGUGUCAUGCACUGAAAAUACAACAAUAAACUAUCCUUUGCUUCUGAAGGAAGAACUUAAGGCCACCAUAAAUUAGCUUAGUCUCUCUCAGGGCAGGUGUCAGGAUCAGGUCAGCAAUAAUUCACAAGGUGUCAAAGACGUUAACUCUUUAUUCAAAGAAACAAAACAGCUCAGGCCUGGUGAGCACAGGAAUACUUCCCAGUAGGUCUUGCCCUGAUGAGGCAGUUGCAAGGAUUGAAGGUCCCUGCCUUCUCAUAGCUCCCUAAGUCUCCUCCUUCCCCGGGUCCUCCUCAAGCAAUCUGAGGCUCCUUUGUCUUGCCCGUCUUUGCUCUGCCUGCUUCAUACCUCUCUAGUUCUGGGAGACCAGGGAGGAGGAGAGCUGGUCAUAGCGGGAGACUCCCUGGCUUCUUCAGCGUCCUGCUUCAUCUCUGCCUCUUGCCCCCCCCCCCCCGCCCGCUUCUGCUUCUGGUCUGUUCUCUGUCAUGGACUCUUCCUGCUCACUAAACCAUGUUACCUGUUCAGCUUCUGACACCUCAUCCUCUCCCUCUGACCACUCAUCGUUGUCCCACCAACAAUCCCCAGGCUCUAAGCCUUCUUCUCUUGCGGGUUCCCUAGCUGGUUCCUUUCACCACUCCUCUGCAUCCAGCCAGUCCAUGACACACUGUCAAAAAUAAGAGAGAGAUUCCCACCAUUAAAUUCUUGAGAAAAGGCAGGCAAUGUGGACUUGGUACAUUCUAUGCUUCCAUAUACAAAUGUUUCUCUUGUGAGAGGCAUGAGCAAGUAUUGUAAACAAGAUCCUUGCAAAGAGGGCUACCACUGAAAUUCCUGAUGGAGAGCUGUGGUCAUCUAGUUUGCAGAGAUGAGUAUUUCAACUCUACGGAGCUUUCCUUUGUUCAUAAUAGGCCAUAGAUCUUUCUAUCCAUAAAUUGAAAACAUAUUAGGUAAUUUUGUCUGUUUUCUAGAAAAAGUAAAUGCUUCAUGGCGUUUACUUAAAUGCAUUUUGAACUUUCUAAAACUAUUCUGACUUUAUCAGAUACAUCUGACUGGGAUUCUACCAGUAAUUCAUUGAGGACUGUUCCUUCUGCUAAACCGUUCAGCUCUCUGAUGCAAGAUGAUGCAUCUCCACUACAGUUAACUAAAAAUACCGGUGUUGCUGGGAGAGCAGAAGAGUUAUCUGAUGUUCGAACAAGAAUUGCUUCAAAAGGUAGUUGGUUUCAUUCUUUGCAAUAUUAAGAUCUGCUUAUAUACCAAAGAGCAGAGAAAAUGCCUUACAAUUCUAUUCACAACUAAUUUGAUAUUUAGUGGGCCCACUUAACAGAGUUGUGGAUAGGUUUGAAACUGGGUUAGUUGUUUUAGUUAGUUCUGGUUCUAAUCUAUGUUGAAUAAUUAAUUUUAGUGCGAGUUGUUAUUUAGAGGGACGUCCUAACCACAUUUUCCUCCCAUUUUUUGGAUUACUGCUGGAAAUAUUCUGUCAGUUCUGAGUGCCCUGGAAUGUUAUUUGAUUACUUGCAUUGGAAGUCUGAAUACUUCUCAGUUUAGUAUAGCUAACUUGUUAGGUUUUUUUUAUUAAAAAAAAACCAACCAUCAGAAGUGUUUAUACUAUCUGGGUUUUCUGUGGAGUACAGUGAAACAUAGAAAUUAUAAUACACAUUUUCAUGUAAUAUUUUACAGAUCAAUGUAAUGAAAAAGAAGGCAUGAAAGAAUUAGAAAAAGAUGAGAACAAGGUAAGUACUUGAAAACAGUACACAAGUACAAAUGAAAACAUUUGAAUACUGAAACUGAAUAUUCUUUCUUACGUGACUGCAAUAAUCCUUAAGAUUAUAAUUUUUUUUAGUUUUUCAGUGAUUUUGAAGGUAAACUGAUGAAUUUGAUACCUUCAUCAUCUCUGCUUCCAAGCUCUAUGUUUUUUUCUACUUGUUAAUUUCAGCCAGAUUUCUCAUCACUGCCCAUUCUCUAUUUCUAGAACUGUAUUGUGUUUAUUUGAAUGGGAACUCCCUUAAGGCUCUUGGUUUCUGUGGUCUCAACACAUUUAUAGAUCCUUUCCUCUAUGAAUGAAUAAAUGAAAGAGGUAGGGUAAAUACAAUUAUUUUUGAAAAUAUGGACUGCUGCAUGUCAAAUGUUGAGCAAAGGAAAGAAUUAAAAGCUAUGCCACUGAUAGAAAAGUGUAUUUAGAAAGACUUUUAGCAGCAAAAUGGCAAUUACUGAGGAAUUCAAAAUAAUGGGCAGACCUUUGCCGUAGUCUAGCAAAUCAAUGUUUGUAUCAUUCUUUCACAUGGAAUUACUUGGGCGUAUUACUUCUUGGGGUCGCUGAAAACCACAGCCCCACCAAGAGAGAUUCCCCAGCCUACAUUUUACCACAGAAGCACUUAAACAUACAGUGUCAAAAUUUCUCCAGUAAUAUUCAAGUAUCUUGUAGUUUCGCAAGGCAGGAAGAUAAGUACUCAGAAUAAAUACUGAGCACCCUCCAGUGAUAGCAAGGAAAAAAAUACAGCUCCAAUGAAUUUCAGUACCCCUUCCUCCUUUGGGAGCCAGAUCCAAAAGUGGAGAUGUCUCAACCCUCUGUGCACUGUCUUUGGAUCAUAACGGUUCUUAUUUGUUGUGUGUAUUUGCCUUUCUAUCCUUCCCUUUGUUGACCAUGUGGGAAGUCAUUCGAUUCUGUGGUUUGUCUGGUUCCCUUCACCCGCUGUUCUGCCCGACACUUGGUUCUUCUCCCGAUCAUUCCCAUGUCUUUUCUAGGGUCUGUUUCUUCCUGUCUUCAGUGUUUCAUCCACUUGUUCGUUUCCUCCUUGUGUUCUCCCCUUGUUUGAGGUUUUUGUAUCAUUGUUUCCUUAAGGUUUCUCCAUGGGUGGGGAUAGAUGCUUGUUUCACGUGAGUGUUCACAGAGCUGAGCACAGUGUCUUAAGAACUGAACUUUGUCCGAGUUCAACCGUUGCCUCAUAAUGGGAAAGGCUCUUCAAAAGUCUUGUUUUUCCCAUAAACAUAGAUCGGAUCGUUCCCAUUUACCUGUCUGCUUCUUCGGAAGCUGCACCAGCCCUUCAGCCACAACUAAUGCAGUCAUUGUUUUCCAUUGUUUUGCAAGUGGCUAUGUGUGGCUUGCACAGAUUCCCAGUGAUAACCACCAGUGCCAGUCCAUGCAAGUGGUGACAAUUGCUGAAGUGGGAAGUGUAACAAUGGUGUGUGAGGCCUCAGCUUGGGAAGAAGUUGUGACCUGUUGAGUAUUCCUAUCUAUCUGAAUACAUUAGAUUUGCUGAGUUCUAAUGGUUUUGAGAGCCGUGAAUUCUCAAAAGAUUCACAGCUCUUCUCCAGCUUCCUCAGUUAUUCUUGCUACACAAUAAUUGAAAAUCUGUACAGGGAAUACUUAAUAAUUAGUACUUGUAUUUUUUAUUUUAUUUUAUAAAUCUGUCCAAAGUGAUGAGUUUAGUAAAUUACACACACGUGCACGAAAGGAAGGAAUAUAUUUCAUUUAUUAUGAUGCUGCAGUCCCAACAUUUUUGUUAAAAAAUAAAAGGCCAACAUUGAAUUUCUUCUUAUAAUAUUUGUAGCAUAAUUAUUGGUUAUCAUUUGCUAAUUCUUCUUUGUCCAUACUUGCUUGCAUAAGGCUAUAAAUAUAAUAGGCACAUCCAACUCUAUAGAGAAACCACCACCUGAAAAUCAGACUGACAAGGCAGAAAUUGCAUUUACUUGUGAUGAAAAGAAAACGGAAGCAGCUGUUUACAAUGCAGAAUCAAACAAUAAAUACAAUCAUUUGUAUUCAACACUCUGGGAAGAAAGAUAUGAAAAAAUGUGGGUUGCAAGUGAGAAAAGGGAAGUCAAAACACAUUUUAAGAGCAUUACAGCAGAACUGAAGCAGAUGUUUGGUGAAGUUAAUGGAAAUGAGAAAAUAUGCAAUACUACUGAGGAAGGAAUAUCGCAAGAUGGCUUCAGUGGUGUAUUAGAGGGUACGAAAGAAUCACCAUCACCUCAUCUGUCUAAAGGUACCAUUGGUAUACAUGGAAAGAGUGACGGAGAGUCAAACUCUGUGAUCACAGAAAUGGAAUUCAGUACUGAAAACACAAUUUUAUAUCCCCAAAAUUCCAUUUCUCAGAAGCCUCUUUUUAAACUGUGUAAGAAUGAAAAUCAGAAUAUUGAGCAGCAUUGCAACACAUAUGAUGAGGCAUUGUCCAAUAAUACAGGAGGUACAAAGGUGAAUCUAGGUGAAGAAAGGAGUGACAAUACAGUUGAACACUUGGAAAGAAAUAAGAGUGGAAAGACUUCAGCUCCAAUAACAAGUCCCAGUUAUUCACCACUGCAUACUUGUAAAGCCGGUGUUUCAGAUGCAACUUUUAAGACUGCAGGUAUCAAACAACCGAUCAUGACGGACAAUUCAAACUUACAUUUUGAUGUAGCAAAUGAAACAAGUAGAAAAACUCUACAUAGUUUUAAGACUGUUGUAAGCAGUUGUAAAGAUACCGAUAUUGGAAAUAAAGUGAGAAACUCUGAACAAAGCUUCCAUCAAGCAUCAAAAAAAGAACUGGAUAAAGAAUUGGAACGUGAUGUCGCAAGGUUUAAAAAUGAGGUAGGAAUGCUGCAGAUAGUGUUCCUGGCUUUGGAGAACGAAAAAGCCCAACUGCAAAAAGAGGUAGAGGUGUACCUGCUGCUUUUCAUUCUUUGAUCUUUCUUGCACUUCAACCAUCCUGUUCAUUUUAGCUCUUCAGCAUUUAUCGGAAAGCCCUCUUUUUAAGCUUCACACAAUUAUUCUUAAGCGGAUCACGAAGGAAGAGAUACAUGUUUUCAUUCCAUUAGACGAUGAUUUUAACAAUUAAUUCACCAAUUUGUUUUUAUCAUGUAUUUUUUGUUUUUGUAUUUUUGUAUUUCUAUGCUGUGAACCACCUUGAGAUCUACGAAUCAAGGGCAGUUUACAAAUUUAACAAAUAAAUGAAUAAAUAAAUUUAAUAGUUGACUAUACUAACAUGAAAAGGCUGUGAAUAGGUGCAAUGGCCUAACAAAUUCACUGCACCCAUUUUAAGCAGGGUAAGAAUUUGGGCCAAAAUGUGAAAGUGGCUUCUGAACAGGGUAUUGAUCAAUAUUUCCAUUUACUGUCAUUCUUGCUUGGCACUCUUCACUUUUGCUGUGUGAAACGUUACUCUUGUAAGAUUCAUUUUCUUCAUUUAUAGUAUUGUUGGUCACUUUUCUAAAUAAUAUUUUAUCUGCUUUCACUUAAAUAUUGUGUGUUUUUUUCUGUCACUAAUACAUGUAUUCUUUCAUUACUACCUGUUAUGCAAUACAAAUUCUCAUUAACUUGCAAGCUUAGUAGUGAGUGUUUCCUUUUCAAGGGUGAAAUGGUUGUUUUCCAGGAGUGUUGAGCAAAAAAAAUAAAAUAAAAAAGAACAAUUUAAAAUUAUUGGCUUUCUACUUGCAUUCUGACAAAUAUAUUGACUUGUUUGUUUUAGGUUGAAGAGGAAAAAAGAAAGCAGAAAUGGGAGGAAGUGGAGGUCGUUGGAAAAAAAGAAACUGCAAAUGUUGGGAAAAAACUGGCUAUGAAUAUUGAACAAAGGGAUCUAAAGCCCUCAGAAAAUGAAGGUGAAAUGAUGGAAGAAAGUCAAUUAAUGAACAAAAUUUCCUCAGACAGAAAGGGAUUACUUACAGUAACUUUUAAGAAGUGAGUAUGAAUAAUAAUACACAUCUGUACUCAUAUGAAUGUACUGAAUGAGUUUGCACAAGGAGAUAAGUAACUAUACAACCAUCUGAUGUAGACUAUAUUUACAUCUCCUUCCUGGACAUGUGAGAGCAUAGUUCAUCAUUUUGAACUGAAAUAGUCAUAUUGUUGUAGUUAGUAGCAUUUAGUUCUAAUUUUCCUCAAAGAGUCCCAAAAAUCAUCUGCCAAUAAUUUUUCCAUCUUUAAGUAUGUUAUGGUUUCAUUUUUGUCACUGUAUAAUUUUUUUUUGUUUUGCUACAGGUGCAUUUGUUUUAACCCAGUGCAUAUUAUUUAAGGUAGUGUGGGUUACAAUAUGUUGCUGUAGCUUCUUAAAUACUAUAUUUUUUCUGCAUUUGAGGGAAAAUCCUAUUGCCAAGGUGAAGGAUAUAGAAAAAAGUGAAAAUAAAAAAUGGAUUUCAAAGCAGAAAACCAGUCAGGAGAUUAUUGAAAAUCUACAUGAGCUUCAUGAUGACAGCAGUUUAAGUGAAGCAUCUUUGGAAGAAGAGAGGUACUAAAAGCCAUAAUGUUGUUUGUUUACAGGGGUCAGCAAACUUUUUCAGCAGGGGGCCGGUCCACUGUCCCUCGGACCUUGUGGGGGGUCAGACUAUAUUUUAACCCAGAGAUGCACUUUAAAUAAAAGGACACAUUCUAAUCAUGUAAAAACACGCUGAUUCCCGGUCCGUCCGCAGGCCGGAUUGAGAAGGUGAUUGGUCUGGAUCCAGCCCCUGGGCCUUAGUUUACCUACCCAUGGUUUAGAACAUUAGAAUCAUAGAAUUGUAGAGGGUCAUCUAGUCCAACCCCCUGCAAUCCAGGAUAUCAACGUGGAACAUGAACCCACAACUCUGAAAUCAAGAGUAUUAAGCUCUACAGACCGAGCUUAUCCCACCAUUGAAUGCAUGUUACUUGUUUGGUGGGUGUAAAAAGCUCUGUUAUUUGGAAUAAUGGCAGUGAUAUAUUUAGCCAAGUAUUGUAUCUCCAGAUUUACCAGAGCCUUCUAAGUUCUCCUGAAGAAGCCUUUGCAGUUAUGUGUUCAUGCUGCCAUUUUGCAUUUGGUUUAAUUUUGAAUUUGCCAGGGCUAUGCAUCAGUUCUCUGUGUACCCUGAAUUAUCAGGUGAUUCAGGAUCUGUUCUUAUAUUUUUGAAUCUGUGCCUCUAACAAAGUGUCUCAAAGCCUCACAGAAACUCCAUAAGAUUCCAAGUGUCUCUGUAGUCUCGACUCAAACGCCUCAUUAUUUCAGGAAGCUGACUCAGGAAAUACCCAGAGCUUAAGAGGUGUGGGGAUCAUUUGUUUAGACCAGUAUUCAACAAACUUGGGUACCAGCAGUUGUUGGACUACAAUUCCCAUCAUCCUUGACUGCUGUUCCUGUUAGCUAGGGAUAAUGGGAGUUGUAGUCCAACAACAGCAGGGGCCCCAGGUAUGAGAAACACUGGUUUAGACACACAGGUCUAACGUUUAAUCAAAGUUAAUUAUUUCCCGAAAGGGACGUGGGUGGUGCUGUGGGUUAAACCGCAUAGCCUAGGACUUGCUGAUCAGAAGGUCGGCGGUUCAAAUCCCUGCGAUGGGGUGAGCUCCUAUUGCUUGAUCCCUGCUUCUGCCAACCUAGCAGUUCAAAAGCGCAUCAAAGUGCAAGUAGAUAAAUAGGUACCGCUCCGGCGGGAAGGUAAACGGCGUUUCCAUGCACUACUCUGGUUUGCCAGAAGCUGCUUAGUCAUGCUGGCUACAUGACCCGGAAGCUGUACGCUGUCUCCCUCGGCCAGUAAAGCAAGAUGAGCGCCGCAACCCCAGAGUUGGCCACGACUGGACCUAAUGGUCAGGGGUCCCUUUACCUUUACUGUGGUACCUCGCAAGACGAAUGCCUCGCAAGACAAAAAACUCGCUAGACCAAAGGGUUUUUUGUUUUUUGAGCUGCUUCGCAAGACGAUUUUCCCUAUGGGCUUGCUUUGCAAGACGGAAAGGUCUUGCAAGUUUGUUUCCUUUUUCUUAACACCGUUAAUACAGUUGCGACUUGACUUCGAAGAGCAACUCAUAGAACGCAGUGUGGUAGCCUUUUUUGAGGUUUUUAAAGACUUUGGUGAUUUUUGAAGCUUUUCCAAAACUUUCCCGACACCGUGCUUUGCAAGACGAAAAAAAUCGCAAGACGACAAAACUCGCAGAAUGAAUUAAUUUCGUCUUGCGAGGCACCACUGUACCUAAUUAUUUCUCAGGGCACUCCAAUCACAGUGAUCUGUUGUGGGACAAUUAAAAGCUGUGUUUUUAAUGUGGAUCUAUGUCUGUCCCUAUGCAAGUCAAUAGGGACACCUCAGUUGUAUCUCCACAAACUCAGGGAGGGGGUGUCUAGCAGCCUCCUCCCCUUUUUACCACUACUACCCUGAACCAUUAGAGUAGCAGGAUCAUUGUGUGUAAGAGGGUGACAUUUCCUCUACCCUAAUUUCUUGGAGUUCCAUUCUCACACCUUGCCCCUAUGCUUCCUAUUGUAUCCACCAAAAAACAGUCAAGGGGAUGACCAUGUCUGCAAAUUGUAUCUGGUUCUGAUAGAAAAAUGAAAAAGUUACAUACUUUCAAUUAAAACAUCAAACUUUAAAACAUCAAGCUUUAAAAGUGCCUUGCACGCACCCUCACACUGGGUUUAUCUGCCUAAAAUUUGACAGGCUUCUGCACUUUGUUGGGGCUGCUACAGGGGCUAAUUUCAUCCACCUAAGUUAAAAUAUAUGUACUGUUUUUAGAUUCCUCAUUAUAGUGAAUGAUGGGGAAACAGUUUAGUUUUUAACAGAUCAAAUGUAGUUCCAGAUAAAGAGCCUAAUUAGAAACACACAAAGUGGCUCCAAAACAGACUGAGCUGCUGCCCAAAGAUACAGAUACAAAAUUUUUGUACAUUUUUAAAGUUAAAAGUAGUUUACUUGCAACACUUUCAUACUGAAAAGUGUUAUGUUUGUUUUCUAGACAUCAAGCCCGAAAUGUGAAUGAAACAAAAAAGGUACUGUAAAAUAGGCUGUCAAAAUUUUACCUUAACUUGUAAACAUUUGUACAGAACUAUAAGUGGCAAGGGUAUUUUCACCAAUUUUUGAGGAAGAAAGAGUGGCCACACUCAUGACAUGCUGAUCCAAGGUUUAGGAUAAUGUGCAAAAGCAGGAAUGAGUUAUAGCAAGCCUUGGACAUGCAUAUUCCCUGGAUGUGUGAAGAGAUGUCUGCGUGGAAACAAUCUGUACUUGGUGGUUGCUAGCAAAAUAACUGUUGCAGUUAGACACUAAUAAUGUCACUUUCAGGAAGUCAGUUUAAUGAUUCAGUCAGACCAAUUGAACUUUUUAUGACUUCUUUUAAUACAGAACUGGAUAUGAGCUAUAAUCAAGUUGUGAAUGAGGGGUAAAUUAUGCAAAUAUUCUGGUCAUGGCUAUAUAGGACUGUUAAAGAAAUUGGGAGAGAAGAAGUGUGGAUACCAGCACCUGGAGAGUUAGAAAUCAGCAGCACUAUUAGGAAAGCUAAGAGCUGUUUGAAAGUUGUUAAGUAGGCAAGUUCUUAGCUAGCCUUCCGCCUAGGGAGAGCCAGCUAAUGACAAUAUAGGUGUACCGUUAUUAUGCAUUCAACUAAACACGGCAAAAUGCUUUGGCAUAAAAUCCAGAGACUGUUUGGAAGUGGGUGAGCUGACAGAGAAUGUGGCACAGGCGCAUCAUGUGGUGCCCUCCAUGUGUUAUUAGACUACAACUCCCAUCAGCCCCAGACCGCAAGCAAAUGGUCAGUUUCAGUGGGAGUUAUAAUCCAAUAUUUGGAAGGCACCAUGUUGGCUACCCUGGAUGUAGCGCAAAGAUGGGUUUGUGUAACAAGCUAAACCCUGGUUUGCUUGCAUAUUAGACAUCAGGCCAUUGUUUAGGACCAAACUGUAGAUCUGUUCGCAUCUGGACAAGAGGGGAGGAUCAUGGCACCAAGGUCAAGGACAGUCAUGCUUCUCAAGUGUUUUGUAGUGAAAUAACCAGCAUGUGAACUGAUCAUGGUUUGAUUUGACUGAAUUGUGCUCAACUGAGCUAUUGCUGUAUUCUUGAAAUACUAUUUAUGGCCUAAUAGUUAAAAAGAAAUGGGCUGAUUUGUUAUGAUGUUUUAUUGUAUUUGAUUAUGUAUUUAUUACUCAUAGAUCUAUAGAGCAAUGGGAGUUGCCAAUGAUUUUGAUGACUUAACUCCGUCUUCAGAUACACCUACAGAUGAUAUUGAGUUACCUACUUCAUUCUAUAGAGAAGCUAUGAUGUUGAUAGAAAAACUUAGUUUGGAUAGUAAAGGUAAGCACAGUUCUAUUGUUACCCAUAAUAUUCAGAACAAAAUAAAUUUAACACCCAACAGUGUCAACCUGCUUGGGUGUCAACUUUUGCUCUUGUAAACAAGACUUCCUCUCCCUCUAUUUUACCCUGUAUGCCCCUAAAAUCUAAUUGGCAGGGUAAGGGUGGGGCCAUCUGUAUAUGUUUGUAUGUCCUCCUCUGGGUGAUUUGCAGUAGAUCAACAAGGAUUUUUAACUCCUAGCAAUAGCAGCAGCAACAAAGCAACCACUCAUCAGGGAAUUUGGACCAAACAACUAGCAGUAUGUUGAUGACAUCCAGCUCUGUCUCUCCCUUCUAUAAGUAUUAGAAGAGGCUGUGCAGGUCCUGAAUUACUGCCUGGAGACAGUAAUGUGGAUCAAUAAGUUGAACCUUAAUUCAAACAAGACUGUGGUCCUGUGGGUGGGUAAUUCCCUUGUCUGAGAUUUGGUGGAGCAGCUUGUUCUGGACAAGGCUGCACUCCCCUUGAAGGAGCAGGUUUAUAAUCUGGGAGUGUUCCUAUAGCCAUCAUUGUCACUUGAGGCCCAGAUUCUUGGAAGUGCAAGUGCAUUUCGAAUGCAUGUGCAGCGCAGCCCUCAACACUGCGGUGAAUUCGGAACCCUAAACUUACCAGGAAUUCCUUGUGUGAAUCACACCUCAAGAGUACAAUCAAUGUGUGUGUUUUUUCCAAGCACAUUUUUUCCAGGGUAUUAAUAUAAAGCUAUACACUCACUUUUUCUUGUUGCUAUGAAUUAAAAUUUUGAACAAGUAAGUUAAUACUACACUGUUUCCCCCAAAGCAGAUUCUGUGAGUCUCCUGAAAAUUCAAAAUAUAUGUCAUGAAUAUGAAAGUUUAAUUGAACGUGAAAGAGCAUGUUCUAUUCAUCUUCGAGGAAAAGUAAAAAAAAUUGAGAAUGAGAAAAAAGAGCAACAGAGAAUACUGGAAGAAAUAACAGAAAUGAAAUCUACACUGGAUCAUAAAAAAGUUGAAUGUGAAAGUACUAUCAGCAGUCUCAAGUAAGCUGUCAUAAAAAUUUUCAAUUCUGAUAAUCUAAAAAAAAUAAAAUGGAAUCAGUUUUAUUAGAUACUUCUGCUGUAAAAAGUUGGAGACUUCCUAGGAUGGAGUCAGCAUUCUUAAGCUAAGGUUUGAUUAGAGUAGCCUGUUGUUAAAGUGGAACAACAUACAGAAAUGGCAUCACUUGAUGUCUGCACAUUGUCACAUUUCCACAGGGACCUAUGUGCUUAAGUCCAAAAUGUGUAGGCCGAAUGUUGCUAUCAGUGUGCAUAUGUUUUAUUAGUUAGCUUCUGUUUUUGUGUUGUAAACUGCCCUGAGAUCUAUGGAUGAAGGACUGUAAACAAAUUUAAUAAAUAAAAAUAAAAAUACUACAAAGGUCACCGUGCAAACAUGAUAGUCUAAUGAACAGGUGGCUGAAGCAGGGCAAACAAGCACAGCUCCCUCAUGCACAUAGCCUCAAACAUCUGUCAUAGAGGUAUUUUAACCUAACAUUAAAUGCCUGCCUCUGUAUUCAUACACGUCUUUUAAAAUGGUUAUUUGCCAGAUUUUCUUUGAAACAAGAAGAAGAAAAGAGGACAAGUGCUGAAAGGUUGUACGAGGAAAACCAAGAACAGUUAAGGAAGAAAGAGGAGCAGUACUAUAAACAAACAGAAGAAAAACAACAACUUGAGUUAAUGCUGAGAAGUCUGGAAAUGGAAUUUAGAACACUGAAAAACCACUUGAAACAGGUUAGAUUAAUUUGGAAACAUUGAACUGUAGAGUUGGAAAGAACCCAAAUGGUUUUUAGUGCAAACCAUUGCAAUGCAGGAAUUGCAGCUAAAGGCAAUGGAGAAAUAAAGUAAAAAUGCCUAUGAAAGUACUGAAAACAGCUCGGAUUUGUAGUAACCAUUGUCUGAGACAACAAAUUAGCUAUUGUACUUUCAUGUUAUAUUUGGUUGUUUACAAAGAAUAUGAACAGAAACCUUUUUUUUGUGGUAGGAAGUUCUUACUCAUAUUCCAUUACCUCUGAGCCUAACAUAAAUUGGUUUACAGGGUGAUCCUAAUUAUGUUUACUCAUGAGGAAGUCCCAUCUAUUUCAAUAAUAUUUACUUUGGGCUAAAUAUAGUUAGAACUACUGUCUUAGAAACAGGCAUUAUUUCUGAACAUUAAAUUUGGCCUGGGAUCAGUGCUUGAAAUACAGCUCACCAUCACCACCAAUCUUUUGUGAUGCAUCUCCUUAGCUCCUGUGUUAGAAAGCUCCAGAGAUGAUUUAAUUUGUCUCCAUACUUCUAUUCAAGGACCUCCCAUGCCUCCCUACCUUAAGCUACCUUACUGUGCUGGCUGGUAUCAAACCAUCUAUCCUGUGAUUCAUUCAUGCAGAUCCCAAGCAAGAUCUCACUUUAACUAGUUGCUUGCCUGCCUGUCCUUGCUCCGGGUUUUGUCAGCUGAUUCCAGAAACACUCAGAAUUCUGGCUACCUUAGAAUCUAGGUACAUUUUCUACCUAGAAGUGGGAACAGCUUUGCUAACUUGGGCUAUGUUGGAAUCCAAAAUAACCCUGACUCCAGAAACAGCACAUUAUUGGACUCCUCCCUGUCUUUUCUUCCUUAAUCCUUGCUGCAAUUUAACUCUGGCGCUGGCACACAGAAGGGGUGCUUUCUGUCUUGUUGGGGUGGAACUUGCAGGUCUAGAGGCAGAUGGUGAACUUUUGCUGCCGAGGAAAUGCAUAGCCCUAGCCAGCUUCUUUGUGAAGAUCUAGAUUGGAUAAAAUCAGUGUACAGAUUUCUGAAAGAAGUUAUAUAGAGUUGUAGGGGUGUUGAGAAUACAUUCCCAUGCAAACCCAUGUGAAUAUUAUUUUGUCCACAGUGGGAACACAGACUAGUACAGAGAAGUUGCUGGCCAAAGGGAUCUUGACUAAUGAAAGAAAUAAUUCACUGUGCAUCACUGAUAAGCUGUAGCAGAUGAUCCUGUUUUGGGAAGGUUUUCUGUUUGGUGAGCCCAGCAUAGGAGGGAGGGCUGAACAGAGAUUGUCUCUCCCUUUCUGGAGAACUAGUGAGUGCAAAAAAAUGAAGAUUUUUCAGAUCUAUGCUUUGUUUUGCAACAGGUGCCAAUAAAUAAUGCUCAUGAGAAAGUAGACCUAGUUAUUCUAUUUCAGCAAUAGGGACUGUGUCUUAUGAGGACCAAUAAGAGACAGUGAAAUUGGAAGUCAGGCAGGAGGUGGAGCUUAUGGGUCCACUUCAUGAGCAUUAUGGACCCCUUUACUCCCCCAUUUCAUAAUUCAAGUGUUGACUGGAAAGCUGGCCAAUUAUUGUCAGUUGGCUACCCAAGUUGAUUUUUCUCUUAUUUGAUUAUGCUAUUACUCCAUUUAGCCAAGAACAUUGACCUACCUUUUUAAAAUGUCAAACUAUUCCAGGUACUGAGCAAAAUAGGGAUGGGCUCCACAUUCAUGUCUUGGGUUAAGCUGAUGUAUUCUAAACCUACUGUCUCAAUAUAUGUAAACAAAGUUCCGCUAGAAACCUUUAGGUUAAAAAGAGUGCUUGCUAGGACUGCCCAUUCUCUCCCUUAUUAUUUAAUCUAUUUAUCAAACUCUUGGGUGAAAUCAUCCAACCAAAAUUUAGGAGUAAGUAUCUAAAAUUAAUUUUCUAUGCAGAAGUAUUGCAAUGAUUGCCAACCGUUUUGGGACUUAGGGGGACAUUUGUGAUUUUGAGAAGAUGCUGAAGGGACCAGUCAGAAAAUGGCCUAAUACUAAAUUGCUGCCAUUUCCAAAAGAGCAGAAAAGGAACAUAAAAUGUUUCAAGUGUGGGAAAAUCUGUUUGUUUUAUUUUAAAUAGAAAUGCAGAAUCUUUAACCAGGUGGCCUAUGUGCCAGCUUACUCACACUGAUGGUGGGCAGUUCAAGACCGCUGCUCACCCUUCUUCUGAUUUAAAAAGAAUCACCUUGGACUGGACAACCCUUUAAAUAGGAGACACUUUCAAAUAGAGAACUGUCCACUUUAAAUAAGAGACAUGUAUAAGCGGUGUACAUGUCUACUUAGAAAUAAAUGAGAAAUACAUUUUGAAUAAGGUUUACCCUCUGGUAGGUGUGCAUUCGUCAAAGAGAGUGUAAGCUGAGCAGUCAGUGUACACAAUAACCAGCCCAUGGUCAAAAUUCUAAAUAGUAUAUGCAGUCUUGCUACUUUAGCUUCUGUUAAAGGCAUGAAUGAAAAAAACGUGACUUCGAAAGAUCCAGAAAGGCUGCCUAAGGCCUAUUUUAUGACAAUGUUUGAUCUCCUAAAUAUCAACCUGAUAGAAUACCAAAUACCAACCUGAUAGAUAUAAAUAUUAAAUCCCCUAAUUUAUGUAAAAGUAAUAACUGAUAAUCAGUAAGCAUGUUUUGCUUAAUUAGAUCUUACUAUUUCUGUUGCAUUUAGCUUAAAUGUUUUAGGGAGCAAAAGGAAAAUAGACUUUUAAAAAGUUUAGUGACCUCAUAAUUAACUAGAUAGGCCAAGUGUUUUGUGAUGUCAGCUGAAGCUCAGAAGGAGAAAUGGCUAUGUCAGUUCUGUAAUAGACAGCUUUACAGUGCUCAUCCAUAUUUUAAUGUUUACACUGUUUAAAACAGUAUGCAUUCUCCUCGUUUGAGUUCAGUUUUAAAGAUUUUUGCCCCUUUCCGUUUCCUUUUGAUACUGAAGAAGCAGCAUACUUAAGGACUUUUUUGUUAUUCCUUAUUUGCUUGAUACCUUGAGUCUGAAUUUCCUUUCACAAAUAGUUUCAUGCUUCUAGGUGGUAUGUUAAACUGAACAAAAUGUUUUAGUAGAGUGAGAAAAUGCAAAAUACUUAGAUGACAUUGAAAAUGUUUGGUCAUCUGCCAAAUCUGAUUACUGAAAAUUGGUCAUUACCAGCAUUCAGAAUAUGUAGAAGUAUUUUUAUCUGGUGCCUAUGAAGGCUGGGGUAAGCUACCAGCUGUAUUCUGAUUUUAAUAGAAUGAAGAAAAUUGACCAACCUAAUCAGGAGUGGAUUUCCUCAUUUUCUAGUUAUCCUCGGGGCAACUCUAGCACUUACCUAUUGGGCAGAAAAUUUACAUCUGGUAGAUAUCAAGGAAGCUUGCUUCCUAGUCUUUCCUUUUCUAUUCCUCCUGUGAGAGAAAGCAUUUUAGAGAGGAUCAAUUCCUCAUCAAAUGCAUUAGAUUUGAGUUUCAAGGAAACGCCUCAGGCAAUGCAAGACCUUGUGAAUGCUGUUCGACAAAUGGUAAGCUUGUUCAGAAAUAUGAGAAACUCAAAAUUAAUAUGCAAGCUCUAGGUUUUUUCACAGCUUACGUAUUUUGAAAAAAAAGGUAACAUGUACUUUCUGUUCUUACAACAAUAGUAUGUGCUUUGAACUCCUUUCUUAUCAAAUAAAAGAAGAUACUUCAAAAAAAUUAAACUAAUACUCUUUCGAAAAUAUGAGAAAUUGAGAAUUUCACCUUAAUUUCUGUUCAUCCCAGAAACAGAAUAAAUACCUGGAAAAGCAAUUAUUAUGUAUAACAUUCAGUGCAGUGACUUCUGUUUUUACUAAAAGUUUUCACUUUUAGUGUAUUUUUUAAGGACAGCUGUGUUCUGAAUUCAAAUGUGUGUGUUUUAAAAAAUUGUAUAUCGUUCUUUUAGAUAUCUUUAAAUGCAUUUUUGUAGAUUGAAGAAGAACGCAAUGAAGCCCAGCAACAGCUGUCACAAGAAAAGUCUGCCAGAGCUCUGCAAGAGGGUAUUUUAAAUUCUCACCUCUGGAGGCAGAAGGAAUUAGAGGAAGAGUUGAAAAAAACAGCAGCUAUACAGUCAGAGGUAUCCAUUUUAUCAAAUCCUUAAAAGUGUAAGAGAGCUAAGCACAAAUAUUUUUCCAAGACGCACUAGCACAGAACACUUCCAUAAACUUAGGUAAAGACUGGACCAUUAGGUCCAGUCGUGACCGACUCUGGGGUUGUGGUGCUCAUCUCGCUUUAUUGGCUGAGGGAGCCGGCAUACAGCUUCUGGGUCAUGUGGCCAGCAUGACUAAGCCGCUUCUGGCGAACCAGAGCAGCGCACAGAAACGCCGUUUACCUUCCCGCCAGAGCGGGAAGUAUUUAUCUACUUGCACUUUGACGUGCUUUCGAACUGCUAGGUUGGCAGGAGCAGGGACCGAGCAACGGGAGCUCACCCCGUUGCAGGGAUUUGAACUGCCAACCUUCUGAUCGGCAAGUCCUAGGCUCUGUGGUUUAACCCACAGCGGGACAGUAAAUUUUUGCUUUGAGUUCACUUUUACUACACUGGGAUUUCUUGCAGCAAAUUUCUAAAGUGUGAGUAUGCAUUCUUGCACUCCUAGAUAUACUGUAUUGGCCUGAAUAUAAGCUGCACCUGUAAAAUUGGGAGGGAGGGGAGAGAGAAAAUACCCAAAUAUAAGCCGCUCCAUUCCUUGCUGCUCCUGGAUGCAUACUGGGUGAUGGGGGGAGCCGCGCUGCAUUGCCGACGGCCUUUCCCCUUCUUUGCUCUCUCCCUGGCCUUGGGGGAGUACGCGUGGGACAGACGCUGCUUUGCCACGCUCCUGGCUGUAUACCGUAAGGUCACAAAUAUAAGGCGCAUUUUAACUUUUCACAGUCACAAUUUAGGGAAAACGUAGGCUUAUAUUCAGGCCAAAACGGUAUGUCAAAGGGCUCACUAUGUUCUAGUUAUGGUUUCUUGGUACGUUUAAAGACCUUCAUUUGUCACACUUUCAUGUGGAUUGUAUUGUUUGUGCAUAAGCUUUAGUUAAACAUGAUUAAUAUCUGUAUGCAAAAUAUUUCCAGGGGUACAAUAGGCGAUGGGAAUUGGGGGAUAGGGAAGCAAUUUGAAGGGGUUCAGGUUCCAGAGAGGUCUCUCCUGAACCAAUGUGCAGAUCAGAUUAUGGCCUGCUUCUGGAAUUUGCACUCCACCAAAUUCUUUUAGUCUUUUUUCUUCCUCUUUCUUUAACAAGUACUGCAUAGGAAAAAAACAUGGACCUAUAAGAGCAGCCAUGUUUCUUUCCAUAUGCUGUUCUUGAAGGUGGCUGUUGUCACCAGUUCUUUCAAGGUAAUUGCAGCCCCUUUUACAUCUUGCAUGGGAACAACUAUGCUUCCUGUCUGUUCCAGCUGGUAGAUAUCAAAGAUGUCAGCUGCCCUGUGGCUUCCUGUUUGUGGAAUGCCCUCUACAGGGAGGCUUGCCUGGUGCCAUCAUUACAUAUCUUUAGGAGCCAGGCAAAGGCAUUUCUCUUCUUCCAGGCCUUUAGCUAUUUAAAGCUGGUGGGGGUAUUUUUUAUUUUUAUUUUUUUGUUUUUAUGCUAUUUAUUUUUUGUGGUUUUAUCCUGUAAACUGCCCUGUGAUACUCAAAUGAAGGGUGGUAUAUAAAUCAAAUAAAUAAGUAUAUAAAGCCAUGAUAAUGAUGAGGAAAAUAAAAGAAUUUUGGAAGAUUUUUAAAUUAACUUUACCUUAUGUUUAUAAAUCAUUCAGAUGACUGAUAAUCAUGCCCAAGAAAAGGAACUGUUAAAUAAAAAUCGAGUGCUCGAAGAUGAACUAACGGUGUUAAGAUUAGAGCUGGAACACAUAAGGGUCAAGCACCAGGAAGAAGAAACUAGAUAUUUGGAAGAAAAUGAAGCUUUGAAAGAAAAAAUAGAAGAACUUAAAAAGGAGCUGAAAGUAAAUGAAGAAACUUUGACUCAAACAAUUUUUCAGUACAAUGGACAAAUCAAUUUAUCAAAAACAGAAGUUGCAAUCCUAACAUCCAAAUUAGAACAUUUUAAAGAAAAUAAAGAAAGAUUGGAGGGAGAACUUGACUCAGUUCGUUCCCGCUCGACUUCUGCUGCUCAGGAACUUGAACGAUGCCAGAUAUUGAAAAAUGAUCUUGAACGAACACUGCAACGAGAGUGCGAUGAAUGGCUUCGCUUGAAAGAGAAACUGAACCAUGAUCUAUGUCAUCUACGAGAAACAAACAGUGGCAUGUCUGAGCAGUUAAGAAAAGCUGAAAGUAAAGCUAAUAGUCUCGAACACGAACUUCAUCAGGUAACACAUAGUCUUAGAGAAAAAAGCAUGCAAUUAGAAAGCGUUCAAAGAGAUUUAAAUCAGGCACACUGUCUAGUGAAGGAACUUGAGAAUACGCGGCAAGUUGACAAGGAGCAAAUGAAUAAAUAUGUGGUAAAACAGGAAUCUAUGCAGGAACGAUUAGCGCAGCUCCAGAGUGAAAAUCUUCUACUCCGGCAGCAAUUUGAAGAUUUUCAAAACAAGGGUAUUAUCAAAGAAAAAGUAGUGAGUGAUGUUCAAGAUCGAUUCAAUGAUAUUUUCAAUAAACUCAGAGCUGAUACCGAAAAACAAGUGCAGAUGAAGGAAGAGGUAAAUAAGGAAUUAAUUGCAAAAUGCAAUAAUUUGAAGGAGGAAGUCUUGAAAUAUGAAGCAGAAAAAGCAGAUAGAGAGGUAAGUGUGAUAUAUUCAAUCAGUGCAUCUCUAAACAUUAAAAUACAAGUGAUGCAAUUCUCUUAGCCACUAGCAAAAGUCUGAAUGCAUUAACAAAUCUCUAUUUACACCUAGCAGUACUAUGGUUUGACAUGGAGAGUUUUCUGCAAUUGUCUUCUAAAUGAGCAUUAUCCUCAGAUGUUAGAAUUGCACACCAUAUAAUACUGUGGAAUAUACUACAAAGGGGAACUGCAUUUACAACCAGUUUGUGUAUUUAAAACACUUUGAUAGGUCCUUUUUAAAAUCUUUACAUUCGGAAUAAAUAGGAAUGAGUGCUAGCAAGAAGCAAUCGGCAUGCUCUGUCCGAAGUUUCAGUUUCAGGUGCAAGCGUUUUGUAUGAAUCAUGACUCGAGAACUAAAGUGGGGCUACUUCAGAGAGAUUCAGGGCUUCUUGGCUUCAAAGCAGGAUCUCGCUGAAUCACCCUGAACUGAAACAGGAUCCUCUGAAGCACUUUGGGAUACUUUGGAGAUUUUAUGAAACACAGCAGAUGGUAUUCUGCAAAAAUUUCUCUACAAGCUAUAGGCAUCAUUUAAAUCACCUUUUCUUUUCUUAGGGUACAAUAAGGCAACUUAAACAAGAACUUGCAGAUUCUCUUAAAAAACAGUCCAUGUCAGAAGCUUCACUGGAAGUUUCUACACGUUAUCGUAUUGACCUAGAAGAGGAUAAGCAACAUCUUCAAAAGGAGAUAGACAGGAUGAAAUUCAAGGUAUGAUCAAAAUAGUUUAUUAAAUGUUGACUAAUAUGUCUUCAGCCCAUUAUUCGCUUUUUAAAAUGCUCAUUUUGAGGCAGAAUAGUGGCAUGUAUGGAUGGAGGUGGAUAUAAUUUCAGCAAUGUUUGUACCUUUAUAUAACCAAUCUCGCUUGAAAUAGAGAUUCAAAAGGGUUGCGCCAUAGAAAUGAAGAGACUAGAUUUCAUUUCAUUCCAUCUGGUGGUCUUUCCAUGUAGGUAUUUUAAAGCUGAUCUGUAUAGCCAGGGGAGACAUAGGGGAGCUGCAAACCUGUUGGUUCUCCUGGAGCUUCCAAGGUUAUCCUCUUGGCGUAUCUGUUAGAAUUGGAGAUUGGGGCACCACUUAGUGACUUUGGUAGACCUGACAUGCAGAAUUAAUACAUAAUUGUUGCUAUUGGCUUCAGAGAAGAAAUUACCUUCUUUCUCUCACUUCAUAGCAACUUUGUUCUAGUUCUAUAGUCAACUGGAAACAUGAUUAUCAUAUUACCAAGCCCCUUUAGCCAAUCAUGUUCUGUUGCGGUUUCUUUCUUUUUACAGUUGCAGGAGUCAGAAGAGCAACAUCUUCAGUCUGAAAGACAUAUUCAUGAAUUUAGAAAUACUUUGAGUGACAAGGAACAAAAAUUACAAGAUCUGGCGGUAGAGUUAACAGGAACAAUUAAUUCUAAAAAACAAUUAGAAGACCAUAUACAGAGGUAAAAUAUACUGCCACUGUGUGCACAUUGUAUUUUAAGCAUGCAAUGAAAUGAAGAGCUGCUAUGUAUCAAAUGAUAAUGUUAUCAAAUAGCAGUGUUUACUGAAUUGUAUUUGUUGUGAAAACUUACACUCAAACGUAUAUAGAAUAUAUAUAUAUUUAUUAUGUGUAGCCUUGAGACUUUGGUUUUUAUUUAUUUAUUCCCUUUAAGUCUUGAAAUAGAAAAUGCCAGACUGGAAGCAACAGCGGCUCAACAAGCUGGUCGAAUUGAGAUACUUCAAAAGGACCUGCAGAAUAGUGUCUCUGUAAGUCAUCAGUAGGAUUGGGAAAGGAGAGGGUGACGGGUAGAAAGAUUGUUUCUAGAUGAUUCCAACAACUGUCAGUUUAUUAUUAUUAUUAUUAUUAUUACUAAUUAAAUUUAUUAGUCACUUUAUCUUGCCCAGUGCAACCCAAAGCAACUUAAAAAGACAGAAAGGAAAAACUCCACAUAGAUACAUUGAAACCAAGGGAGAAAAGAAAUACAUUAUAAAAAUCCUAAAAGGCCCCACAUAGUUAAAGGCCAAAGGCCUGGUUAUAGAGGAAAGCUUUUGCCUGGCACCUAAAGACAUAUAUAUUGGUGGUGGUAGGCGGGCCUCCCUGGGGAGAGCAUUCCACAAACAGUAAUCUGCUACAAAUUAUGUAGGAGCAAAGUAAUGUUAUGAGAGCAUUCAAAGGUCUGUUAAUAUUUUAGGUCACCUUCAGAAACUUUAAUCAGGUUAAUUCAUUGUUAUUGAAAUGAAUGUAGUAGCUUCAAGAUCUCUGGAGAGAACUGUUUCAGUUUAGCUUAAUAAUUUAAUUUUUGGUUUCUUUUUUUCUUUUUUUGAAAAAAUAGAUUCACAGUCGUCUUGAGGAAUUGAUAAAUGGUUUACAAAGAGCAAAAGUCAAUUUAGAGGAACAACUAAAGCAACAGGUACAGUAAAGAUUUCUAAUGUGCUGAUGAUUUGUCUGUGAUUAUACAUGCUCAUAGGAUAGAAGUGAAAUAUGGGGGGUUUUCUGUUUUAAGAUGAUGAAAAUUAGCAUGCAGCACCUUGUGACUAUCCCAAGGUGAGGGAUAAAUUGUUGAUCCUUGCACAGUCAAAAUGGCACUACUUACACACAAGAGGAAGAUAUAUCAGCAGGCUUGGGGGAACCAUGAGAUUUCUAGAAGAACUUAAGUAAGCAGAAAGACAAUAACUCUAAACAGAAAAAAAAGAUGUGUCAGGUAUGAAAUCACUUAGAAGAAGAAAUGAAAGGAGCACAUCUGUCCUUCCUCAAGUAGGGCAGGUUUCCUCUUCUGGACUACCUCCCCACUUGAGAAGGGAAAGCUUUAAAGGCACAGAUGGAGUCAACUGAUAGCUGACCCAAGUUGUGCUUUCAUGGGCUCAAAGAUGUUCAACUGGGGAUGUAGAGAAGGAAAGUGCUUAUUCAGGUGACUCUCCACUUCCAUAGGGGUUAUGGUUCCGGGGAUAGCAUGUAAAGCCAAAAUCACAUAUAGUCAACAUUCAUUGGGUUCAAAGGCAGGUGGGAUUGCCAAAGUCUUUUUUCCCAGACACCCGUACCCUUUCUACCCCCUUUUAAAUUACAUAUAUUUUUUGCUAAGUGCAUACAGCUCAAUGGGCAUAAGCUAAAUGUGUGUAAGUUGCAGUCAGUCUUUUCUACAUAGAAUUCAAACAGGGAAAGUUUAAAUGUGACAGAAAUCACUGGUCAAUAAUAAAACUAGCUUUCAGCUGGUAGAUUGAAGGCAAAGGGUGAUAGCCAACCUUAAUCAUGCACAAAGCAGGCCCACUGAAAUCAAUGUAUCAAGUCAAUUGAUUUUAAUGGGUCUCCUCUGAGUUUGAUUUUGUUGACUAUCACCUCAAGUCUUUAAAUAUUUAUUCCGAAGAUUAAACAGAAUUUGGUUCAUAAGGCUGAAAAUAAUACUUUAUUUCUUACUCCAUCAUCAUCAUAAUUAAAUAAUAACGAUGAUUACAUAUAAUUUUUAUGUAUAAUUUUAAUAAUAAUUUAUAUUUAAAAUGUAUGUAGCAAAUUGCUCCUCUCAGUUGUGAUGCAAAAAGGACUGAUCCAAUUGUUUAAGUGGGUUUCAAUACCUGUUUUUGAGAGAAACUGCAAUUAGUGGUAACCACAGUUUGCCUAAUUCAAGCAUUGUAGCAAAUGGUAGCAAAGCAUUGGAGGAGGCGUAUAUGUACCAAGGGCUGGCGGGGGUGUGGGAAUUAAGAAGUGAGCAAGCAAGCCUGUGGUUACUGCCCCUAUCACCAAAUUAUGGCUUGGUAGUUGGCUCUGUGACAACCUAAUGGAGUCUAUAUUUUUAUAUAAAUGCCUGGAUGGCUUUUUCUGUGAUAGUUCUCCAUCAAAACACAUUCUGAUUGCUCCAUAGGUCCAGAAGCAAACCAUAUUUUCAGCUACAGCGCAAGAUACUCAGAGUAUGUGGGAAGAAGAAGUAAAGUCAAAAUCAAAACUUGAAGCUCGCCUUUCUGAGCUUGAGAAGGAAAAGACAGAGCUAAUGGCUCAGGUGAGUCCAGCGUGAAUGCAGUUAAGCCUGUGUCAAACUGUUCUGUGUUUCUUUAUACUCAGAGUAAACAUUAGGUACCUCCCAAGUAAUUUUAUUUAGUUAUUUAUAUUAAAUUUCAUCCAAUUGCAAUUAAAAAUAAUAAUACUCCCAAAAAAGUUUUAAAAGCCAUAGAUUGUUUAACUAGCCAGAAGCCUAAAAGAAAAGGAAUGUUUUUGCCUGGUGCCUAACAAAUAUGUUUGAACCCUUGUAAUCAUCCAUUAUAUUUUUUUGUGAAUCAUUGCAAGUAAGUUCACAAAAAAUACAAACCUAAAUACUGUUUUUUGUAGCCAACCUCAAAUGGGCACCUCCUUUGGGGAGUGGUCUCAAAGUAAAGGCUCUCAAUGAAUAAACAAACAUAUAUAACCAGCAUCAGAGAACAGUUUUUUAACCUUUUCUGGCUGGCGAUUGAGCAGUGAGGCCUGGAUAGACCUGAAAAGCCUGUAUUUCAGGUCUAUCCCUCCACUAGUUCUCAAUGUGUAGGUUUGCUGCCCAUCUGUGGGUGGACCUGGCAUAUACCCAAGAGCCCACCAGAGUCUGCAAAGCUAUACAGAAGGUUUUCCAGGCCAUUGCUUUUUUAGCAGGAUGUUGAUAACACUUCUCACUUAGAUUUAGCUAUGGUAGGUUCUGUAGCAAGAUCUUUGGUGGCACAGCUCUCCAGGACUUGCUGGUUGAAUCUAAAGAUAAGAAGAAGGUGCUUUCAUCAGCCUGAAAGAAGGAUAAUCAACAUUCCUUUCAGAAGUCUUUCCAGUGGUACAAGCCCCCCCCCCCCGUCCUUUCAGUUCCACCACCUAAAGCAAGUGGAUGGAAUUUUUGGUCCUCUCAUCCCACUUGGUCUGAAAGGUGAAAGCCAAGAGACAGCAACAGUAUCAAAGUUUGGUUAGUCCAUCCUGUCAAAGACCUCUAGGAACCAGUUCUGAUGCUUCCCUCCCUACCAGUAGGAAGCUGCCUAAACCAGGUAGUGGGACAGAUGGUGGAACAUAACAUCAGAACAUGUCUCAGAAGUAGUUUUUGCCCGGAACUGUAUUUGUGGCCUCCCCACACCUUCUCCCUAUCUCUGGGGUCCUCCUCUGAGAAAGAGGAACAUGGUCUGCCUAGCAAUCAAAUAUCUGGAGAUUGGGGGGAAAUGGGAAUUUUCCCAAUCAGAGGAAUAUCGUUGCAUUUUGUUUUCUGUUUCUCACACAGCACUUGAGCACAAGAGGCAAAACAUUCUUUCUGUGAUCAGAAGGGCACUUGCAUGCCCAGCUUGAUGUGUUUCUUUAAUGUUAAUGAACAGUGUUAGUGUAAAGAUGUUGUGCUUACUCUCUUGAAGUUGGAGCAUGAAAAGAAAAAAGUGAAGAAGUUAGUGGAGUUGAAGCGAUCGGUGGAAGCACGGCUAGAAGAAGAAAUGAAAAGAAACAUAGAACUCCAAAAAGAAUGCAGCGGGUACGGAAGUUUCUGUUCUUCUGCUAAUAAUAAAUGGAUGCUGUGGUUUUAUAGAAAUCCUGUUAGAAAUACUUUUAACAUUACCCUGUUGAAAGUAAUCAUUCAUUUAAAAGGCAGUUCCCUGCUUCUGUUGAGUAUUUUACUUUGCAUUUAGUGCCCUGCGCCCUCUUGUACUGUAAAGAAUUAUCUUUCCACUGUUUAAUUGGGAGCAGCAGUUGUGUGGCAGUGGGAGCGAGGUGAGCUUGCCACAAUUGAUGGCCUCAGAGCAAUGGAAGUGACAGUUUUCUGCCUUUUGUGGCUGUGCCUGCCUGAGGCCAGCGGAAACUCACAAGACCCCAAGAGCCAGUCAGUGCUUCUGGGGAGUGGGGCCUCAGACAAUACCUGGGUGAAAACUUUACCAAUUCCGGUCUGCUUUGGGGGAAUAAAAGAUCGUAGAAUUGUAGAGUUGGGAGGGAUCCUGAGGGUCAUCUAGUCCAACCAUUUGCAAUACAGGCAAGAAGGUAAGUGGUAAAAUUGCCCCUGCAGUCUUUACUGGACUUCCCCUUCCAUCCUCCUUAAUUUUUGGUGAUUUCAGGGUUGCCCGGGGUUACCCUAGUUUCAGAUCUUGCUCUGAAUAGUUGUCAGUCAUUGAUUUUUUAGGGCCAGGGAGGAAUUUGUCCUGCAGGCAAAUUGUCUAAAUUUGCGGGUUUUGCAUAUCUCAUUGCAGUUGUCACAACUUUGAGGGCAGAAGAGACAUUGCGCUGAAUCCUUAGUCACAGCAGGUUGGGGGUGGGACCUUGCAGGACAGCACUUCCUGUCCAGAUGACUGACUUGGGUGCUGGCCCUGCCAGCUUCUGGAUUCACCAGAAGCAGUUUUCACCAUUUGUCCAUCCAACAGCAGACAGGCUGAUUAGAUACAUGCCAGUGCCUGCACUAAACCUGUUUCAUCUGUAAUCAGUUGUAGCCUAAACUGAUCCCAAUACAUGUCCCCUUGUGUUUGUUUUCUGUCUGCUCCCCCACCACUGCUUUACUGUGCAUGGGCCCACAGUGUGUGCAACAUGAAGACCCUGUGGUGUCAAGGGAUGAAAUAGUUAUUGUAUCUCAGGGUAAGCAGUGACCAAAGAUCCUGCGGCUGGGUGAGUGAAAGUAAAAGUGGCAGCACUACAGAAGACAGGGACCUGGAAAGGGAGUAAUAAUGUCUUCUGUGGCAGUGCUGUUGUCAUUACCAAAGGCUGACUUGCCUGCUUCACCAGUGCAGUCCAUCAAAUGGAUGUGCACUUUUGCUAAGUAGUCCAGUUACCUAUAUUGUGAAAUAACUACUGUAGUUUUCGCUCUAUAACACGCACCCGACCAUAACACGCACGUAGUUUUUAGAGGAUGAAAAUCCGUAGGCAUGCCACCCGUAGGCAUUCCCUCCAUAACACGCACAGACAUUUUCCCUUACUUUUUAGGAGGAAAAAAGUGAGUGUUAUGGUCAAAAAAUACGGUAAGUCCAUUUGAGUUUGCCUAAUUUUGGAACUGAAAUUGAGCCUACAUGCUUUGGAAGGAACAAACCAUUCUACUUUCAGUUCUCUUGUACAUUCAGCCAUGAAGACUAUGUUUCUGCUGGAGUAAUGAGAGAGAGAGAAAGAUCUAUUGAAUUUUUUAAGCAAUUUGAGUAAAACUAUAAUCCAGGUUUUCUCAUCAGUGUUUAAUGUCAUUUCUAAAAUAUUACUCUUUAGAGUUAAAAAGUUUCUAAAAACAGCUAAAAAGAAGAUAAAAGAAUAUGAGAGUCAAGAGAGUUCAUCUCUUACUACUAUACAUGGAGAAAUGAAGAACAGAUUCUCUGAUGCUGAGAUGGAAGUUAGCAACCUAAGAACCAAGGUAUAUUUCCCUCUUGCUUUAAUACAAUUAAAACAUUUUCUAAAGUAGUCAUUUUUCAUAAGUGAUUGUAUUAAAUAGUAUUGUCAAAUGUUUUAGUCCAUUUGUUCAACAAUAAUGCAUUCCUUGUUAAAAGCACAUAGUCAGUUUCCUCAACCUACAUCUCCCUAGGUCUGUAACCGAAUCCUCAAUAUAUCAUUUAUUGCUACAGAGUUAAAUGUCAGCACUAUUCUUGUGAACUUAUGUAAACUUUUCUUGAUUUAUUUUAUUUUGAAGAAGUCUUAGUUCCCUGUUUGAGUUCUUGCUGAACUUUCUCAACAGUUGGAGGUUGAGUCAGCGAGACGUGUUCAGGUGGAAUCUACAAAUUGUGAACUACGUGAUCAGUUGUCUUCCAUGAAAUUACUGGAGAGAAGCAAACAGCAGCUAGAAGAAGAAAUAACUAAUCUCAAACGCCAUAUACAGGACAAUAUGAUGGACCUCAGUCAAAUUGAGCAGUACAAGAGAGAGAUUGAAGAAAGAGCUAGGCAAGAUAUAAGUCAAAAACUGGAACAAGUCAAUUUGUUUUUGCAGGUAAAUGUAUCAACCAUUGGUUGUAAUUUCAUAGACAACAUAACUUGCUAAAUCUUUUUAUCAAAUAUCUGAACCUAGGUGAUGUGGCAGCCAAUAAGCACUCUGGUUAAUCCUGCUUGUCUGUCUUUUGGGUUUCUUUAAAAUAUGGGUGUUAUGAAGACAGCUAUCUCAAUAUAAAUCUUCUAAAUUAAUACUAUGACACUUUGUGUCCCAGACGCAGGCUGCUUCACAAGAAACAAUGGAGCAGAUGAGAGCUACUAAUUAUGCUUCCUUGAGAAAUCAGCUGGAGAACAGAAUAAAAGAUCUAGAAUGUGAGCUGGCUAUACUGAGAAACAGACCGCAAGACAACAACUUACAAAGAGAAUCAGUGCAUUCAGAAUUGGAAAGAUAUAAAGCAUUGUACUCAGAAGAACGAAAAAUGAGAAAGUCUUUGGGAAGUAAAUUGGAUCGGUAAUUCAGAAGUCUUCUGACAAUUCUCUUCCUUGUGGCUUGUGCCAGGGAAACUUUAGGGAGAAGGAUACAUUAGGAUGGGAAAGAAAAUGCUUUCUCUUAGCCUAAUAGAAUUUCCCUUUCAAGAACUAAAAUGAAGGGACAGAACCAACCUCUCUCCCAAAAUCCUCUCCCAUAUACAGCAGAGAGAAAAAGAUAAGUAAGUACAUCCAGCUAACCUACACAGUAGUACAGUGGUACCUCGGGUUACAUACGCUUCAGGUUACAGACUCCGCUAACCCAGAACUAGCAUCUCGGAUUAAGAACUUUGCUUCAGGAUGAGAACAGAAAUUGUGCUCCAGCAGCGCGCCAGCAGCAGGAGACCCCACUAGCUAAAGUGGUGCUUCAGGUUAAGAACUGCUCCAGGUUAAGAACGGACUUCCGGAACGAAUUAAGUACUUAACCAGAGGUACCACUGUACUCAGGUCUGAGAUGAACUAUAGAAUAUAUUUCUAACUGUUCAAGUCCAGCCGCUAUUUCCGGAAGGGCCACAGCUUAUUCAUUGUAAUACCACACUUGAUUGACCCAUGCUUAUUAGUUGGGCAGGAAAACAGAACCAGAGAAGGUAAUGAUUUCUGCUUACUUGAGAAUUUGCCCAGUUUUGCAAAACAAGUAUGUAUUUGUAGAUUUAAAAUAUUAACCUUCCCACCCCCAUAAAAGGAUGCAAUUGUUCAUGAUGGCCUAUCAUUAGCAGGUGAUGGGAGGAAAUAUCCUCCCUUUUCUAUAUAGAGAGGUUUUAAAUGAGGAGAAAAGGGGCAUCUCUUUCCUUUUCUUCAGAAACCACCCCUCCCCACAAUCAUGUUUGGGGCUGACAGCCAGGCUUGUACCCAGCCCUUAGUCUACCCAGCACAGUGGAGAACAGUUUCAGGAUGGAGAAGAAAGGGGUGCCACUUUUUCCUGAGUGUCCCUACUGACUAGCCCCAUGAAUCUGGAAUAGCAGUACAAGGGCCCUUUUCCAGGCUAGCUUUAGCCCUGAACAGGAGCAUUCCUGUUAUGGGCUGGAAACAACACUUUAUCUAGAAUCCCACUGCUACAAAUGUUAAAUGUUUCCACUCUUUUAAGACAAACUGUUGCUUAACUUCUCACUUGCCUUUGAAAUUUUCACAGAGCUAAUGAGAAAUUAACAGAAGCCAGCACCAAGCUCUUACAUGAGCGCCACAAAAGCAAGUCUUUACUUGCCAACAGCUUUAUGAGUGGCAGCUAUUCUUCAAGUCCUGUCUUGGAAACAGUUCAGGUGGGGAGUCUUGGCAGCAACUUAGCAUUAAGCAGAUCUCCCAGCUUUGGAGGUGCAUUCAUGAACCCAACGGGAAGUACAGCAUCCUCAAAAAUGAGAGUGGAAGCUUACCUAGCAAAGGUGAGUAACCGUGAAUGUCAUUCUUAAGCUAUCAUUUCUGUAAGGCUGUAGCUUUAGAUCAUGUUCACAUGAACAGUUAUUUCUGUUUAACAAACACUAUUUAAAACAAAGACAUUGGCAUUCUUUAGUUCUUUUCCUGAUACUAGCAAGACAAGAAAUAAAAUGCUGACUGUAGAGUGGAGAUCAGUUCAAGGUGGUCCUUGAGGUUUUGCAGUCCUCAGUUACUUAAGGCUUUAUAGGUCAAAUACAGCACUUUCUAUUGGGCCCAGAAGCUGAUUGGCAACUGGUACAGUCGGGCCAGGAUUGUUGUCAUGCUCAAACCGUCUUUUUCUGCUGAGCAAUCUGGCCAUUGAGUUUUGCCCCACAUAUAAUCUAACCUAGAGGUUACCAGAACAUAGACAACAGAAGUUGGGCUAUUUCUGUUCAGAUAGGAGCUCAGCUGGACCAGCAGCUGAAGCUGAUGGAAGACACUCUGUGCCACUGAGGCCACCUCAGCCUCAAGUGAUGGCAAAGGAUCCAGGUGAACCCCCACGCUACAUAUCCUCCCCAUCAGAGGGAGUGUAACCCCGUCAAGAGCAGGCAACCUCCCAGCCAUCUGGUCUAAGGAACCACCUACUAACAGUGCUUCUGUCUUACCUGAAUUGAGCUUCAGUUUGUUAGCUCUCACCUAGUUCAUUACCAAGGCAAGAAGUAGGUGCAAUAUGAUGCUUCUUGUUCAGCAGAAAGCAUCUCUUAGAGGUAGUAUCAUCUACACUGAUGCCAUUGGCAUUUAAUACUAGAUCAGGAGUUCCCAAACUGGAGUCUGUGGCAUAUUUGAAAAAAUACAAUUAAAACACAAUUAAAACUCAUAUAUCUUCUAGCACACCGCAGUAUAAUUUGCUCCAACAGGCAGAAAAAUAUUUAAGUGGUCUUCCAAGAUCCUUAGCAAAUUUCAAAUGGGAAAAGUUUGGGAGCUCCUGUAUUAGCUAGUUCUUAACAGUCUCCAGUUGAAACUGAUCAGAGUAAAGCAGGGAUAAGGAAGCUGUGGCCCUUCAGUUGUUGCCGGACCGCAACUCCCAUCAUUCCUGCCCAUUGUUUACAUGGGCUAGGGCUGACAUACUUGGAGCAUAACAUCUGAAGGGCCACAAGUUCCCCAGCCCUAGGAUAAGCUGUAAGACGUGGGGAAAAAGAAAAGAGAAAAAUAUAGCAAUUCCUACCUUAAGUGGCACCUUCAUAGUCUUGUUUCCAGUGUAAUGUCUUUGGUCCUACUUUUAAGCCUUGCCUUCUUUCUCCUUCCUUCCAAAAAUCAUUUGCUUGUUUCUAAUCCCUCCCUCCAUCACAAGGAUAUUAUAAAAUUGAAAUUAUGAAAAAUGCAUAAAAUGGAGAGAACCUCUGCCUAAAACCCUGCAAAAAAGGAAACAUUAAAAAAUAUAUGCAUUCGAAAAAGAUGUUUACUGUAAUGCCUUGUCUUAGAAUUAGAAUUGACUAUGGUAUGCCCUUGCUCUUUCCUGCUGUUACCUUCCCUGCCUUCCAUUCCAGCAGUGCAAAUGGGCACCAGCUAUUAUUAAAUACUAACAAAUUUUGUUAUGGUGUAAGGUUUUGUGGACUAGAGUCAAUUUCAUCAGGUGCAUUAAAUAUAAUCCUCAGUUGCUGCAGGUAUAUAUACAUAUGGGUGGUGGAGAAGACUUCUAAGCAGGGAGCCCAGGGAGAAAUGCAAUGCAAAAAGUACCGGUACUAAUAGUGACCAUUCAGUUAAAGCUAGAAUGCAUGCAGAACAAACCCUUGCCAGAAUAGCUGUUCCUCUGGGAAUUUGUGAUCACGGUCUUUCUAAUUACUAAUUCUGGGCAGGACCCAGAGGAAGUCACACUUUAGUGCUAGGCAUGAGUAUCAUGUCACUGAUUUUCAAUAGACUAAAACAUGCCUAAUUUCCUCUGGCUCCAACCCUGUUUCCAGGCUUGCAGCCAGAUGCUAUGCAUGUUUACUCAGAAGUAAAGCACACUGAGUUCAGUGGGACUUACUCCGUAAGUCUAUAUGAUUGCAUCCCCAGAGUAGAUUAGAAUUUUUUUCAUUGUAAAAGUUUCCCUUUUUCUCACACUUAUAAAUUGGUCAUUUUCCUUUCUGCCUUCAAGACCUAUACACUUAUGGCUUGUUCUUUACUUCUUCAGCUCCUUGAUCAAAAGUCUAUAUCUUCCUUUUCUUCUCUACAGCCAGACACUUAACAAGGUGUGUACUCCGCAUCGCUCAAUGCCAUGUGAUUCCUUGUACCGCACAAAAUUCAGUGACAUUUUAGUUUAAAAUUAUGUAUUACACUGCAGUAGACUAGCUAAAAAAAGCUUUUGCUGCUACACUACAUAUUUAAACUUCUCAGAUGGUUUUUAAUAUUUAUUUUUUCCCCAAAAAUAUGUAUAGCAUAAUUUCAAUACUUUAUACUUAUUCCAUUACCUUUUAGAACAAAGAAAAAGAAAAAUAGAAAUAAUUAAUGAAAACUGUAGCCUUAGUCAUAUAUGCCUCAAUUAGUUCCUGAUUUGGCUUCUCAAUUAGAAAUGCCCUUGUUUUACCAACACUGCCUUGCAUUCACCUGAAGAUGGAGAUUCCAUCUGAUACAAUGGAUACUAGUAAGUAGGGAAGAUGGUAGGCAUCUACACAGCAUGUAGAUCUGAUCUCCAGUUUAGACAUUCAAUCCUAUGUGAAUAUUCUGGAAGUAAAACCCAUCAAACAUAGCAGGGCUUACUUCUGAGUAAACAUGCAUAGGAUUGCUCUGUGAGAAUCUCUGAACAAUUCAAAGAACACAUGAACUAUAAUGAGUACUGUCUUCCUACAUUAAAAACCUUGACAUGGGAUUGUGGGUGAUUGCUCUUAAUUUACUCAGUUUGCUUAAGUAACUAAUCAGAAAAAUAAUAAUUUAAUUACCUUUGCCACUUUCACCCAAGGAUGUUGAAAGUGAUUGAAAUUACCUGCUUCUUAGAACAUAUACUGUAUGUAGAAUUCCUCUGAAAAGAUUUUUAAAAACAAAAAACCUCAUUUCUUCCUCUUUUUUCCUUGGCAUAUACUGUGGUAGUAUCUAAUAUUUAUGAUCCACACUUUCAAACUAUCCUUGACUUCUGAUGUUACAUUACCUCUCAGUUGCUCAUUUUAUCAAAUAGUCCAAGUGUUUUAAAUAAAAAGUUAAUUGUCUAUAAUUUGAUUGAGGCUACCUGAAAACAGGGAGCUGAAAAUUGGUAUCAAAAUAAGAGAAGGAAUAUUUGACCCAACAUUAAAGUUGCUCUGAUGUUGGUAUUUCAUAAUGAAUAAUGUACGUUUGCAUCUAUAAUUUUAUAGCUACUAAAAUAUCACAUAAUGUAAUUUCAGAUGCGGACAGAACUAGAAAAAACUAUCGCCAAGGAACUAGAACAAGGUAUGUUAACAAAACAGCAUGCUAGCAAUUUAAAAACUCAUCCUGCUGUGAAAUAUUCAUUACAAACUGAUACCAGUAAUAGUAUUCAGAGGUGGUAUGCCAAAACACUGUUUUAUUUUUGCAGUUUCCAAAUUAGAUAAAUAAAUAAUAAAACCUUACUGAACGAUUCUUUUCAUGAACAUUUUAAUUGGUAUAAAUUGUACAUGAUAGCUGUCUUUGGGCUUUAUCACGACUGUUUCAGAAGGUGCAUUAUAAUUUUCUUUUGCCAAAGAUUCUCAGUAGCUGAAUUGGUGUACUGAUCCUCUAAUGAGUAGCAAUGAUUUAGUGACAUAAAGUGCAAGAAGGCUGGGCUUUCAUUAUUUUUUUCAUGACAUGUAUUGCCAGUUCUCCAUUGAUGAGCUUGUUUGUCUUCAGUAAUAAAGCUAGUAACUUCCACACAUGGUUUUAUACAUAGUCAUAGAUAGCAUAGUUGGUAGAGUAUGAGACUCUGAACCUCAGAGUUGUGGGUUCAAUCUGCAUUUAGGCAAAAGUUUCUUGCAUUGUAGGGGGUUGGACUAGAUGACCCUCAUGGUCCCUUCCAACUCUACAAUUCUGUGAUUCUAUAUGUAAACAAUGUGAUUGAAAACCUAGCUUAAAUCAAAGUAUCCAUUCACGUUGGCUUGCACCAUUUUUUUAAAUGAAGGAUUUUCGCAGAUCUAUAUUUUUAAGCAAAUGCUCAAUACAAAGUGUUCAUUUAAUGUAAUAAUAAUAGCCUUGUUUUCCUUUCCAUAAGAGACUAACAACCAUAUUAAGGUAUGCCAUGGCCUUAUUGUAUGGAUGAACACCAUAACGGUGUAAAGGACUAUACAAAUAAUUAAGAAGUAUACAGUCUAGGGCAGGGGUCUGCAACCCGCGGCUCCGGAGCCGCAUGUGGCUCUUUUACACCUUUGCGGCGGCUCCGGGGCGGAUACUAGCAAGGGGAGGAGGCGCAUUGUGCGCCCCGACACUCCCCACUGUGGCGGGCGCUGUACUGGCUGUGACGUCGCAUGGAGGCGGUGCGUGCGUUAGUCACGCACCGUCCCGACGUCACCUUCCCGCCCGCCCGCUACAUUGUAAGGGGCAUGUACGCUGCUCACUGCAUUGAAAGGGGGCAUGUACGCUGGUCACUGUUUUGAAGGGGAAUGAAGAACACACACACAAAAAGGUAACUUGUUAAUUUAACGUUUAUUUCUAUGAGGAGGAGUAAUUCUGAGGGGUCAAACAAAGAAAUAAUUAAAAAAGUGACAAAAAAGUUAUUUUUAUAAUGACGAGUUUUGCGGCUCCCAGUUUUUUUUUCUUCGGAAACGGGUCCAAGUGGCUCUUUUUGUCUUAAAGGUUGCAGACCCCUGGUCUAGGGCUAAAUAAUUAUAUGGUUGGUUUUGUUUUUAAUUCAGUAAGAGCGUUUUAACAUUAAAGAAUCUCAUUUUUUCUUGGAAAACUGCUUCAAAAGGGAUUUGUGAAAUGAAAUAAAUUUGUCGCUAACCAGUAAGUUCCAACAGUGGAGACUGGGGAAGCAGGGCACUGCCCCUCUAACCUCCGUUGGCCCUCAGCUAGCCCCCACCUGCCUCCCUUCUUACUUACAACCAGUCCAAGGAUAGAACUGUCCAUCAGGUUUUUCCCCCUGAGUCUCAGUGUUGUCCUUAUAGAACUCAGCAAGGAGCAAGAUGGGGACAAAAGUAGAAUUACUGGGAGUUCCAACAUUGUGCCAGAAUUAAGACUACCACUUCCUCUGCUCCCCCAGCAGCACCCAAUGCUCCCAGCAUCUUCUCAGGAGCAUAGGAGGACUCUUCCGUGCAGAUUUUGUGGGUGCAUGUGGGUGGAAAGGAAAGCCCCAUUGGACAAACAGAUUUCCACUGUACUAGCAUGUAGACAUUAUUGCAUGUCACCCGCAGCUACAAAGAUGAAUGUCCCCCCAAUAGGAAUUUAGUCCCUUGAAAUCCACAGAAGGUAGUCAUAACUACAUCAUCCCUUUUGAAAUCCGUGGAACUAACAGAUGUCUUACUUGGUGUGAAUCCAACUCAAGGUCAUGCCCAAGUCCCUGCCUACAUCCAGUGGUGAGGUAGGAUCUGAACUUGGUCUGCCAAGUUGUGCAGCCAUUUAUCAAUCCUGGCUGCUUCCAGACUACAGGGUUAAUCUAGAUCAUCGUCAUUUUGUUCACUCCCUUGUUACUGAUCAUCCAGCUGCAGCUAUUGUUCUUUCAUCGCUUCCCUGUUCUUCUGUUCCCUUUAAGACCUCAUUGUUUUGUUACUUAAAUUCAGAAGAGGAGCACAAACUCAACUAGAGUAGAUUAUCUGAGCACUACAGUUUCAUUUUCUGCUUUAGACUUAAAGCCAUGGUUUCCCCUCUCCUCAUUCCCAUGUUGCACUGAAAUGUGUGCUUAGGCUCUGAGAUGGGGGUGGGGAGCAAGGGGCAGGCCCUUCAAGUUGGGCCUGUUUGCAAAGCAAUGAAAUGCCUCACUGUUUUACUAAAGCUCUCUGCAGAACUGUGCCAGGAGGAGUGAUUCCCUUUCCCUUUUUUUUUACUUUCAUGGCACCAUUGAGCUUUUUUAAAAAUUCAACAUUUUAUUCAAAUACAAAGUCACAAGCCACACACAUGCAAAGUAGAAUAGAUCUAACAGUAGAUUUUAUCAAUCUUAGCACUUUAUGCUACUUUUAACGGUCAAUGUAGUCAUGUCUCUUCUUAUUGCUUUCUGCAGAUUGACUUACCGGUUUAUACAAUCAAUCAAAUUUUUAUGAAGGACCGAAUGUUAUCCCCACUUUGUGCAUCUUAUACCAAGGUCCAUAUUUGAAGAUACAUAGGUGUUGGAGGAUGUCAAAAAUCUGCUCAGUUAGCAAAUGUAAUAAAACUUCAAUACCACACAGAAAGAUUCCAGAGAGUCUAAUCUUCUUAUCACCCUUAACUGGUGUGUAAAAUUUAUUGGCAAUGGCAAUAUUCCAGACAUAUACCAGGGUCUCAAAUUUAGCUACUUUGAGGUCUUCUUCCACUGCUGGACAGCCAUGCUGCUGUUAUUUAAAAAUAUAUGCAAGACAUUGGGCAUGCCAAUGUAAUGAAUGGCAGGUGCAUGAAGCACUAGCUCUGUCUUGGCUGCAUUGUAUUUUUUGAUGCCCCUAUGAAUGGAAAAUGAGCAAAAUCUAGGAACACUUACCGUAACUACUCUCUUAUUUGGCAUACCAAGGGGUACAUUUGGACAGACAGGCAGAAGUGUGAUCAGCACAAAUAUGUUUUAAAAUAAGAGAUUUCAUGUGGCAUGAUGCCAUCUCAAAGUCUUAACGAACCAAGAGUGUCCAAAGAGAGGCCAUGCAUAUCAAUAACUUGUAGUAUUUCCUGAUUCCAAGAUGGAAUUGCUCUAUUGUUAAGAUUCAAUGUCUGCCUGAAAGCAGAAAGUGCUAAAAUGGGCCCUAUCCCCUUUUAAAAUCUUAGUCAAUACCUAAGGGCAUGGAUAUGCACUGUGGCCUUCACUGAAUGAAGACCAGCUUCCAAAUGGAGAACGGAAGUCUCAGUUGCCUUGGGGAGCUCAAAAAUAACACAAGGAUAUUUAUUUUGGGGUAUUUCCAGGUUCACUUUUUUGAAGAGAUCCCCAUAUUUGUGUGCCAUAACAGAUUUAUGAUGUGAUUUUGGCUUCAUAAAUUUUGAGGGCUGGGGGAAUAUCUCUAGUUCCCUUACACCAUUAGAACCUUGAUAAAGAGUUCACUGUAUUAAUAACCAGUAUUUGUAUAUGAGAAGUGUUUAUUCCAACUUCCAGUUGAAGAAAAGCAUAAACCUAUAUAUUUAAAGAUUUUGCCCACUCAUUGGGGUGCCCAUCAAUUUGCCACUUGUGUUUUUUAGACCUAUUGGCAAAACCCAAAACUUUUAUUUUCAUUAAUCAACUGCCAGUUGAUUAAAAGAUUUCUUAACUCUUGUUGUGCCUGAGACAAUAUCAAUCAAUCAAUCAAAACCUUUAUUGCAUUAGCAUACAGCCAUAGCAAAAUAAGACAAAAAUACUAGAGACAAGCAACCAAACAAAAUUCAAAGCAAUAUUACUGGCGUAAUGACAUUUAAAUUACCCUAAGACAAUAAUGUAAAGAUUUAGUUGCCAGCGCCAAGAAUCCAAAAUGCGGAUGUAUAUAAAACAUAAAAUGGCCCCAAAAUAGGCUCGGCACAUUGGGUUGAAAAAGUAAUAAAAAGAAUUAAAACAGGUCCAGGUCUAGGACACACUACCCAGUCAGAGUAGCCCUGAGUUUCAGAGCCUGCACUAUAAAGAUUGCCACCCCACGUGAAAUUUGGGGAUUUGCGUCCACAAGAAGCGAUUUCAAACAGUCUUCCUUAGAUGUAAUGGUGGACGGGAUCAAGAGGAGGAGCUUAGGUCUUAUUGGCUCAUAAAUAGGGCAGUAGAAAAGAAAUGUAUGAAGUCCUCUACUUCAUUCAUUGUGCAUGGACAUAAACGCUGAGUAAUAGGGGUCUUAGAGUAAAUCCCUGCAGGAAGGCCGUGGGUAUAGAAUGGAAACGGGCCAUAGUAAACGCUCUUCUCAAAUUGGGCUCCGUCAGGUCUAUCAAGUAGUUGGCAAGUGAUCUUACCACUUUCACUUUAGGGAGCCACAUGGAGAGGCGAGCUGUAAUGGACUGUGCCCGGUCCAUGGCCUCGUCUCUUGUAAGAAUCCAGGCCCGGAUUUUAUGUUGGUCCCAAGAUGACAGCGUGUCGAGAUCUGGGAGGGAGUAGCGUGCAGUAAUAGUCUCCAUGGCCUUGGACCAUUUGUUGGUAUGAGAACAAGUUAAAAGGCUUGCCUAGCUAGUAGGGAACCUGGGGCAUUGAAUAAUUUACAGUAAAAACUAAUGAUUCUAAUGUGGGCUCUUGCAACAAUGGAGGGAGGCCCAGUUCUGUUCUUAACUGUGCAGCAACUGAGCCCUUGGGGAGGCCCAGUAUCUUUCGUGCAAAAGAGUUUUGCAGAAUCUCCAGCGAUUGUAGUGUUUUUAAAUUCCACCCCCAGAUUUCAACCCCAUACAGUAACAUCGGGAGGACUUUGCUGAUAAAUGCUUUUCUGAUUGGUGGAACCAACUGGCCGCCUUUUGCAUAGAAGAAUUUCUCCAAGGCUUUGAUGGUUCUACGGGCAGCCAGGAUGGUCAUAUUUAGGUGAGCUGACCAGCUAAGCCCAUGCUGAAAAGUGAUACCCAAAUACUUGAAUGCUGAACAAUAUUCAAUAGAGUGGCCCUCAAAAUUCCAGAAAGGCUUCCGAGUUUUCGUGCCAAAAGUAAGAAUUUUGGUUUUGGCGAAAUUGAUUUUGAGGGAGUUGGUAUCACAAUAUGUCAUGAGCCCUCUGAGCAUGUUGUUUAAGCCCUGCUUGGUUAAAGACAGUAUCACCAUGUCGUCCGCAUAGAGUAAUAUGGGGAUCUUGAGCUGUUGUAAAGAGGGGACAGAUUGAUUUAGGGCCUUCAUGGUUGUAACGAUGUCAUUGAUGUAGAAAUUGAAUAGAAAAGGGGCCAAGAGGCAGCCCUGUUUGACCCCUUUAUUCAGAGGGAAAGGAUCAGAUAGAGCUCCCAGAGGGCCGAAUUUUACUCUGGCCGCCUGAGACAAUAAAAUUGGGUCAUUAGCAUACGUAAGUACUGUAACUUUCUUGGUUCCCAGUACAAUGGUACCUCUGGUUACGUACUUAAUUUUUUCCGGAGAUCCGUUCUUAACCUGAAACUUUUCUUAACCUGAAGCACCACUUUAGCUAAUGGGGCCUCCCGCUGCUGCCGCGCCACCGCCACACGAUUUCUGUUCUCAUCCUGAAGCAAAGUUCUUAACCCGAGGUACUAUUUCUGGGUUAGCGGAGUCUGUAACCUGAAGCGUAUGUAACCCGAGGUACCACUGUAUACGGGGUACAUAAUUAUCAUUGUUACUCAAAUCAUGAGUUGACGUAAAUGUUAAACGAUGUUGGUGCUAAUAAGCAUCCCUAAUGGAUACCCUGUUUAGCAUGGAUCGGAUCUGAGAGCAAACUUGAAAGGGAUAUCCUAGUAUCAGAAUUAAGUUCCUAGAUCAGCUUGUUACGAGGUUUCUGGCUGCUAUUCAUGUGCACUGCAAAACAAAGAUCUCUAUGGUAUAAUAGCAGAUCUGGAAGGUUUAAGCUGUCUCCUUGGAUUGGAAACUAUAGUUCAUGUAAUGUACUUCCCAACCCACCAUAUGUUUUUGAGGUCUGUUGUGGACAUAAGUGCAAACAUUUGUUUAGCUGUGCAGCUAUACCAGAUUUGCACAAAAGAGCAGUCAGUAAUUUUUUAAACCUUUGUGUUGCUUCAAGCCAGACAAGGAUUUGAAGUCACUCCCAUGAAAGGCUGCCACUUCCUUUUAUCCCCUUUCCGUUUUCCAACCCCUGUAGCUGCAAGGGCAAAUGUUACUGUUAUAGCUGUUUUGCACAAGAGCAUUUCUGGACAAAAGAGGUGUUUUGAAAAUAAACAUGCCGCAAACAUGCCGGUACUGACAGCCAGUGGGAAAGGGCAGGCUGCAUCCUUUCCUUUGCGCUGAUGGAAGCAGAAUGGAAGACGGGUUUGGUGAUAAGCACCCAGAAAAAUGUCAGUGCAUAUGAAAAGAAUCCCUCCCAUACAACGAGCUUCAUUGCAACUGCGCUCGGGUAACAUGAUCUUUUUUUUUUUUUUUUUUGGAUUUUCUUCCUUUAUUGGAUUAUCUGCAGAUUGGGAAGAUCUGGGGGAACGUACGUGUUGCUACUUGGAAUAAGAGGAUGUCAUGUGGACACUGCAAAAAAAGAGAGGGGGUAGAAGACAAAGCAGGUUCAGAUUCACUGCUAUGUGGAUGAGCCUUCGGUAUCUAGUAAUACAAGUACAGGUUCAGUGUUGUAGCGACACACUGUCACACUACUGACCAAAUUUUGUGAUAGCUUUAGUGAAGUGGAGGGACGCGGGUGGCGCUGUGGGUUAAACCACUGAGCCUAGGGCUUGCCGAUCAGAAGGUCGGCGGUUCGAAUCCCCGCGACGGGGUGAGCUCCCGUUGCUCGGUCCCUGCUCCUGCCAACCUAGCACUUUGAAAGCAUGUCAAAGUGCAAGUAGAUAAAUAGGUACCACUCUGGCGGGAAGGUAAACGGCGUUUCCGUGCGCUGCUCUGGUUCGCCAGAAGUGGCUUAGUCAUGCUGGCCACAUGACCCGGAAGCUGUACGCCGGCUCCCUUUGCCAAUAAAAAGAUGAGCACCGCAACUCCAGAGUCGGUCACAACUGGCCCUAAUGGUCAGGGGUCCCUUUACUUUACCUUUUAGUGAAGUGGUCCAGAAAACUUUCCAUUUGUUUCAGUCCUAACACUACUUAUAUGGGACUAAGCCUCACAGAUUUCAGACAUACUAAAACUAAUAACUAUUUUCAGUUACUUUUUUAAAAAAAACACCCAACAUUACAUGCUUUGAAAUAUUUCCAAGUAUUUCAGUAAAAAUAAUUUCAAGGUAAAGUCUUGAAUUGGUUUCAAUGUAACAUUUAAAUCAGACCCAGUGCACUUUUAAUCUUACUUUUUUCCCUCACACAAUAUUUCAUUUCAACUAUUUUGGGGUGUUUUAAAAAAAUGUUUGCGAUACUUGUAAAAUUAACAUGCUUCUUUUCUACUAAAUACAAAUGAACACGCAAAAUCAAACUUGUCUAUUUACAGUGCAGAAAAUUAUUAGAUUUUAAAUCCUCCAGAAAAAUUACAUCACUGAAUUGUCUGAUCUAUGGUUUCUAUCACACUGCAAUUUGCACUUAAGGCUCCAAUAUGACAUUUUCUAUACUAACAUAUAGUAGCAAUCUAAGUUGAGCAAGAUCAUAUCAUAUCUGCAUUUCAUUGUUCACUAGCAAAAUAAGCACUGUUUUCCAAUAGGUUCUGCAUUUGUUCUGAAAAACAGUCAUCCACUGAAUUAUUAUUUUUUAGUGACCCUGAUGGGUAUAUUAAUGCCAUUUUUGAAACUAGUAGGAAACCAUAAGCCUUUCUUGUUUUUCAGCUACAGUUGAACUUGAUGCCGGACCUGUUAGAGUCUCCCUAUAGGAUCAAUUGAUGAAUCAUCAAAACAAGAUGAAGUGUCCAAGGCCAGAAAGGAGUAUCUAGAUGUUUUAAAGAAAAACUAUAUGAUUUGAGUAAAUUCUGAUAAUAUUAAAUAAACAAAAUGUAAUUUUUUGUAGUUUGAAGUAUAUUAUAAAUUAUAAAUAUUUCAGGCAUUUUGCACUUGUCUGGAAAAAUGUUGUAGAGCUGUAUAGCCAUAUGGUUCCUUCUUUCAUUUGUUAUGAAAGCUGUAUUAUUAUUAUUAUUAUUAUUAUUAUUAUUAUUAGCAAAAACAAACAAACACUAGCCUAGAUGUUUUACAGAACUGUCCAUGUCCCCUUGUCCUGUAUAUUUAAAACCAAAGUAUUUCUUGACACGUUUAGCGUAAUUUGCUACUUGAAAUGUUGUGCAGGAUUUGUCUGUCGUUGGGUAACAGUUAAAAUGCUGGUCUGAAACAUUUCCUGUGUACCUUUUCCUGCACUCUGUACAUUUACUACUUUUGUCACUAGUGAUUUUGCACAGCUUAGGACUGCCAUAAGACAUUCAACAAUACAGUGGACGCUCGGGUUGCAAACGUGAUCCGUGCAGGAGGCACAUUCGCAACCCGCAGCAUUCGCAACCCACAGCGCCGUGUCUGCAGGCGCGUCCAUAACCUGAAAAAACGCAACCUGAAGCGUCUGUAACCCAAGGUAUGACUGUAGUGACUUCACUGCAGUAUUUAAAUGCUAAACAGUGGUACCUCGGGUUAAGUACUUAAUUCGUUCCAGAGGUCCAUACUUAACCUGAAACUGUUCUUAACCUGAAGCACCACUUUAGCAAAUGGGGCCUCCUGCUGCUGCCACCACCAGAGCACGAUUUCUAUUCUCAUCCUGAAGCAAAGUUCUUAACCUGAAGCACUAUUUCUGGGUUAGCAGAGUCUGUAACCUGAAGCGUAUUUAACCUGAAGCGUAUGUAACCCGAGGUACCACUGUACUGACAGAAGUGCCAACAGACUUGUUAUUUGUAUUUUUAAAUGGUACAUAAAAUGCACUGAAGUUUUUAAUUGAAUAAAAACUGGUCUAUACAGAGUUCCUGAUACUGUAUUCCAUCGGGUAGUAGUGACAUCUACCUCCAAUUUUCUUACCAUUUCCCAAGCUUGAUCCUGUUAAAUAAAUGUAAUUCAUUGUCCUAUUUCUCUCUUACUACAUAGAUAUCAUCUGAUGGUAACAGAUAUUUUAUAUGGAAAACGAGUAGUUGGCACUCUUGCCCGAUGAAAGUUUUGUCACACAAACGGCAAGACAGCUUAAGUAUCACAGACUGGUUGGACAUCUUAAGAUUGGUGAGAGGAACCAACUAGGGAACCAACUGUUGAUCCAUGUGCUAUAUUCAAUACAUACAAGAAAGACCUUUAAAUUUUUAGAACAUAUUCAUAUGUGGGGAUUAUCUCUACAAUUGGAGAGGGGGCUGCUUUCCUGUAACUGAUAUUUUCUUUUUCUUUUUGCAAAACACCAUUUACUUCCCAAGGUGGGGAAGAGUGCAGAAGUGGCCACUCAAAAACAAAGCAUUGAUGAAUUCAGUCUGUAAAUUUAGUGGGACGUAAACCUACAUAGGACUGCGUGGGACGUAAACCUACAUAGGACUGCCUGCCACUUCUUAAUGUUAUAUUGUGUUGAUAAGAUAUUUAUUAAAGUUUCAAAGAUAAAAAAAGAAGUUACAAUAAUAAUAAUAAGAACAAGAAAAAAAAGGGAAAAAAAGAAAAAAAAAAGAAAAAAGAGAAUACAAAAUGCAAAAAAGUAAAAACAAUUAAAAACAAAUCAAUCUUUCCAUAUCUUGUCUUUCAUUCACUUGUUUCCCUGACCUCCUCACACCUCCCCUUUUUUGUAUUCCAGUUCAGUAAGUUAAAUUCAGCAAAUCCUUUCCCUCUUUGUUUUUAUCUUAGAUCUUUAUCUUAAUAUAUAAUAACCGUAUAUUCUCAUCUGUUAGCAGU